CGUGAAUCUCGAGGAGGCUCUCGGGAGUUGAAGUUUCAAGAGUGGGCGUGUCUCAGUGGAGAGAGAGAGAGAGAGAACUGAGGACCUUAUUGGCUGCGGCGGGUUCCAAGCCUCGAUUUGAUGUUCAGGGAGCCCCGAAGCCUGUGAUUGGCUGUUUUUUCUAGGGGAGCCUGCGGGGACCUGUGAGAGCAGGAAGGCGGCGGCCGUGUGGUCUUCUCUGGAGAGAUCGCGUCACGUGACAUCAGGUAGCGCGUUCUGCUGUGCAGCAAGGUAUCAGGCUGGUCACGUGACACUGGGGGGAGGGGGCAAAUUAAUAAAUCAAUGGAGGCAGGACAUUCCCCCCCUCCCCCCCUGUGAGUGACAGAGCCAUUACUGACAGCAAUCACUGACUGCCAUAGGGCUGCCAUGGCUUUCUGGCAGCUAGUCCUUCCCUCCCACAUUUAUUUAUUUAUUUAUACAUCAUGAAAAGAACUGCCAUGUUACUGUAUGUAGCAUUCACAUGCUGCAGGAGGGAAGCCAGUUAUAAAUAGGAGCUCCUGCUUAGUAUAUGUCAUUAUUGCAGUGAGUGAAUUCUGUAUACUGCAGGGCAGCCCUUUUCAUGCACUGACCAUGUGCUGUGUACUCAGGGAGACAUGGUGGGUAUUAAUUAUUGCAGUGAGUGAAUUCUGUAUACUGCUGGGCAGCCCUUUUCAUGCACUGACCAUGUGCUGUGUACUCAGGGAGACAUGGUGGGUAUUAUUGCAGUGAGUGAAUUCUGUAUACUGCUGGGCAGCCCUUUUCAUGCACUGACCAUGUGCUGUGUACUCAGGGAGACAUGGUGGGUAUUAAUUAUUGCAUUGAGUGAAUUCUGUAUACUGCAGGGCAGCCCUUUUCAUGCACUGACCAUGUGCUGUGUACUCAGGGAGAUAUGGUGGGCAUGGGACCCCUACACUGGGACUCAAUGCUGCCCAUCUGGGAGAGCGACAGACUGGGCAGCAUUGAGUCCACCUUUAGAUUGUAAACUCACGGGCAGGGUCCUCUACCUGAUGUAUCGGUUUGUUAUUAUUGUGUUUGUCUAUUUCCCAAUUGUACAACGCUGUGGAAUUUGUUGGCGCUCUAUAAAUGCCAGUAAUAAGGGUGUGAUUGCACUGGAGGCAAACCCAGUGGUGUAUCCUGGUUUUGUGCUGCCCUAUGCAGGACAAAACUCAGACGCCCCCCUCACCCCGCGCCACCCCCACCCAACCCUUCCCCCCGCCCCACCUUCUAAAUACACACACACACAGUCAGACACAGACACAAACACAGUCAGACACAAACACACACAUACAGACACACACACACUCACAAACACAGUCAGACACACACACACACUCAAACACAGUCAGACACAAACACACACAGACACAUACACACACACAAACACAGUCAGACACAAACACACACACAAACACAGUCAGACACACACACUCACAAACACAGUCAGACACACACAGUCAGACACAGACACACACACACAGUAAGACACAGACACACACACACACACAUUAAUUUUUUUUUUUAAUUUAAAUCCCCCCCCCAACCUCCUUACCUUUGGGAGUGCUGGGGGGGGAGGUCUCUCUCUCCCUGGUGGUCCAGUGGCUGCCGGUCGGGCUGGGCGGCUGGCGAGGGAGCUCUUCCUAUGAGCUGUCUGCUUAGCUCCCUCGCGCGCCGGCUGCAGAGUGAGGCUGGGAGCCGGAAGAUGAUGUCAUGUUCCGGCUCCCAGCCUCACUCUGCGGCGCGCGAGGGAGCUGAGCAGACCGCUCAGAGGAGGUGCUCCCUCGCCAGCCGCCCGCCUGCCAGCGCCACCCAGCCCGCCCGGGAUGUCAGUUAGCCGCAAGGCUAACUAGGCAUCUGCCCUGGGCAUUUGGGGGGCGGCGUUUUUUGCCGCCCCCUGAAAAAUGCCGCCCAAGGCAAAUGCCUUGUUUGCCUCGCGGCUAAUACGCCCCUGGGCAAACCAUGGGUAAUGGGAAAAGGGAUCUAGAAGUCAUUCCACUUCGCUGGCACACGCUCUGUAGUAAUCAAUGCUGUUCAGCACUCCAGCUGUUGUGGAAUACGUAUUGAUUGGUUUUCUGGCACCCAGAUUGUAAUAGAUAAUUAGAGCAAUAGAUCAGUGGUGGCCACAAUGUGGCUUCUGCAGUUGUAGGUUUGCAAUCACUGAAGUUUAAAGGGACACUGUAAGCUGCAUAACUAUUAAAUCUCAGUUUAGUGGUUAUGUUGUCAAAAGCAUCUGGGCACUGGCCCGUGAUUCUUUGUCAAAAUGUUUAGGAAUGUAUUGGUUGGUAAAGCUACCUUUAUGGCGGCAAUUCCAUAAACAAAGUAGGGACUAUUUUGUCUUUGUAUUUCACCUUCGCCAGACUUUCUUAGGCUGUGGUUGAAGUCUAAGUAUCAAUCCUGACAGCCGUCACCAGUGAUGGCUGCAGGGAACUGGCUCUGUCUUGAGAAUCCUGCGUUCUCCAGGAUUCUCCAUAGAGCUCAUUGCUGAGUACAGGAGGGAUCUCGGCGCAGGCCGAGCAAGAUGGGUGUGCCCAUGGCGGACAUCGUUCAGGUAAGUAAAUCUUACUCAUAGCAGCCACCGGAACCGGCGAUGUCACAAACAGUGACGCCUUAAUAAUAAUGCAGAAAUGUAAUUCCCACUCUAAUAAAGGAAGACUCCAGUCACCCUAAAAUGUUAUUUCAGUGAAGUUGUUAUGGUGCCUGGCGGUUAAACCACUUAUGACCAUUUUGAACCCACAUUUCGUCCUCCGGCAAAGUCUGGGACUUCAAUGAGGAAAGGGCUUUCUCUUGAAAAAACUUUGUGGGAAUGGUAUACACCUUUCUAAGGAACUGGUGGUCCCUGGGUGCUGGAGAGAGCCUAGAUUUGCCACUCCUAGUCAAUAGAAACAUAGAAUGUGACAGCAGAUAAGAACCAUUCGUCCCAAUUAGUCUGGCCAAUAUUUUAAAAUAAUUUUAAUUAGUCCCUGGCCUUAUCUUAAGUCUAGGAUAGCCUUAUGCAUAUCCCACACAUGCUUAAACUCCCUCACUGUGUUAACCUCUACCACUUCCGCUGGAAGGCUAUUCCAUGUAUCCACUAUCCUCUCAGUAGAAUAAUACUUCCUGAUAUUUUUAAACCUUUGCCCCUCUAAUUUAAAGGACCACUCUAGGCACCCAGACCACUUCAGCUUAAUGAAGUGGUCUGGGUGCCAGGUACCUCUAGGAUUAACCCUUUUUUUUAUAAACAUAGCAGUUUCAGAGAAAAUCACAGUGAGAGCACGUAAAUGCUUUGUAAAUGCUUUCCUAUGCGACCGGCUGAAUGCGCGCGCGGCUCCUGCCGCGCAUUCAGCCGAUGACGUCGCGAGCAAGGAGGAGAGGAGGAGUACAGCUCCCCGCCCGGCGCUGGAGAAAGGUAAGUGUUUAACCCCUUCCUCUCUCCAGAGCCCGGCGGGAGGGGUCCCUGAGGGUGGGGGCACCCUCAGGGCACUAUAGUGCCAGGAAAACGAGUAUGUUUUCCUGGCACUAUAGUGGUCCUUUAAGACUAUGUCCUCUUGUUGUGGUAGUUUUUCUUCUUUUAAAUAUAGUCUCCUUUACUGUGUUGAUUCCCUUUAUGUAUUUAAAUGUUUCUAUCAUAUCCCACCUGUCUUGUCUUUCCUUGUAAGUUUUUUAUCCUGCAAUCCAUGAACCAGCUUAGUAGCCCUUCUCUGAACAAUUUCUAGAGUAUCAAUAUCCUUCUGAAGAUACGGUCUCCAGUACUGCGUACAAUACUCCAAGUGAGGUCUCACCAGUGUUCCCUACAAUGGCAUGAGCACUUCCCUCUUUCUACUGCUAAUACCUCUCCCUAUACAACCAAGUAUUCCGCUGGCAUUUCCUGCUGCUCUAUUACAAGAGUCUUCCUACCUUUAAGUCAUCUGAAAUAAUUACUCCUAAAUCCCUUUCCUCAGAUGUUGAGGUUAGUAGGGUAUCAAAUAUCCUAUACUCUGCCCUUGGGUUUUUACGUCCAAGAUGCAUUAUCUUGCACUUAUCCACAUUAAAGGACCACUAUAGGCACCCAGACCACUUCAGCUUAAUGAAGUGGUCUGGGUGCCUGGUCCAUCUAGGAUUAACCCUUUCUGCUGUAAACAUAGCAGUUUCAGAGAAACUGCUAUGUUUACCUUAGGGUUAAUCCAGCCUCUAGUGGCUGUCUCAUUGACAGCCGCUAGAGGCGCUUCCGCGCUUCUCAUGGUGAUUUUCACAGUGAGAAGGAGCUUGCGUCCAUAGGAAAGCAUUGAGAAUGCUUUCCUAUGGACUGGCUGAAUGCGCGCACGGCUCUUACUGCGCAUACGCAUUCACCCGAUGACGGGGAAAGGAGGCGGAGAGUCCCCACCGCCGAGGGAGCCUGGUGUUGGAGAAAGGUACGUGAUUUAACCCCUUCCUACCCCUAGAGCCUGGUGGGAGGGGGACCCUAAGGGUGGGGGGGGGAACCUAGAGACCCUAUAGUGCCAGGAAAACGAGUAUGUUUUCCUGGCACUAUAGUGGUCCUUUAAAUGUCAGUUGCCACAGCUCUGACCAUUUUUCUAGUUUACCUAAAUAAUUUGCCAUUUGGCUUAUCCCUUCUGGAACAUCAACCCUGUUAUAUAUCUUAGUAUCAUCAGCAAAAAGACAUACCUUACCAUCAAGACCUUCUGCAAUAUCACUAAUAAAAUAUUAAAAGGAAUGGGUCCAAUUACAGAUCCCUGAGGUACCCCACUGGUAACUAGACCUUGCUUUGAAUAUACUCCAUUGACAUUAACCCUCUGUUGCCUGUCAUUUAGCCACUGCCUUACCCAUUCAACAAUAUUAGAAUCCAAACUUAAAGAUUGCAGUUUAUUGAUGAGCCUUCUAUGUGCAACAGUGUCAAAAGCCUUACUGAAAUCUAGGUAAGCAAUGUCUACUGCAUCACCCUGAUCUAUUAUUUUAGUUACCCAAUCAAAAAAAAUCAAUAAGAUUAGUUUGGCAUGAUCUCCCUGAAGUAAACCCAUGUUGUCUCUGAUCUUGAAAUCCAUGUGAUUUUUAGAUGUUCAGCAAUCCUAUCCUUUAACAUGGUUUCCAUCACUUUCCCCACUACUGAAGUAAGCUUACUGGCCUAUAGUUGCCAGACUCCUCCCUACUACCUUUCUUGUGAAUGAGUACAACAUUUGCUAGUUUGCAGAGCAUCAUGACAUUCCUAGAUUACAAGAACUGGGGUGCCAUAGUUUUAGCCAUCUCUGGUCUGAAGUAAGUGAUUGAAGCAGUAAUGCUUAUAAUGUGAUCCUGGAAGCCAGACUGUGCAAAUGACAAACAGAUUAGGAAUUAGUGACCAUCUUGGGAGGGGACUUGGAAAAUGUGAGUGUGAGAGCAAUGGCCAUUGAAAAAUGAUUCAGCCAUACAGUGUGUCAGUCUCAUGCUUACUAAUGUUGACAUAUCCUGUUUUAGGAAACAUCACAUGGUAUUAUAAUUUCAUCGUUAAUCAUGCAGCUAGACAGAGCUCCAUCACAGCAUUACUGCCUGAACAGCGUGUGCUUUGGCUCUCUUUGUUGUCACUUUUGCAGUGUCUAAAAAUAUCUUUUUAUCUAUUUUUUUUUCAGCCCAUUCACUCUCGUUUUAUUUGUCGGCUUCUCUUUUUUUUCCCCACAUCCUUUUUUUAUUCUCGUCCCCCCCUUCUUUCUCCGUUUCCCUCCCACCAGUCCCCCCUCCCUCAUGAGACUUCCAUUUCCAGACUCUUACAUUCGCUUCUCACAGGAAUGAUUCUGCUUUUCCAUUAACCCUUUCACAACCCGACCCCCACGACUGAAGGGUGAAGCUUUUCAUGUGAUUCCGCUCAUAUAAUAAACGUAACCCCUUCUCUGCCUUAGUGGAAUAUAGUAUAUACUUCUCAAAUAGUUUUCAGUGCCGUGUUUGUCUGGGAAAUUAGCAACACUUGCCCUGCAAGCCUCUUGCAACCAGGGAUUGACCAAGCAAAAUUCUGACCUAAUCGGAUUUCCCACAUCCGUUCUCCGCAGGGCUAUAAAAGAAGAGGGUUUAAUGGAACAAUGUGUUAUCAGACUUUCUCCUCACACAAUGGAACAGGUCUUCUAUGCUACUAUUUGGACAGGAGCCUGGUUUCUGAUCCCACACAGGAAUUGAGUCAGGCGAGCUGUAAACUGCCGAGCCAGACUCUAGUUAUUUCUAAAUUGACUUUACAAAGUAAAGCAAUUCUAUUGUCCAUUUACAGAUCCUUAUCUUAUAUUUACAGUUAAGUGUGUCCAUCAUUCCUAUUAACUGUUCUAUAUAGAGUGCGCAGUAUUUGCGAUCAGUGUAUAAUUACCCAUUUGGUUUAAGGCCUUGUUUGUAUUAUUAUUAUUGGUAUUAUAUAGCGCCAACUAAUUCCGCAGUGCUUUACAAUAUUAUGAAAGGGGUUUAUUUACAAUAAAUAAGACAAUUACACCGUGACACAGGAACAAUAAAUAGAUGAGGACCCUGCUCAAACAAGCUUAUUUAAGUGCUGUCCAAUGUUUUAAUAUGCAGGGCCUUGUGUCAUUCCAACUCCUGACCCCGUUACAUUGAUAUUGUAAUAUAGUAGCACGUAUGGAUUUUUUUUCAGGCAGUCUCUUCUAAUUAUCAUAAUGAAUACAUAAAUAAGAUGGCCAUACUGCCUUUUAUGUGGAUAAAUAUUUUAUAUUGAAGCAUCGAUUUUAAUGUAGUCUUGUGUGAUCAUCGUGAGUGCGUACCGGUUGUUCAUUAUCAUCGUAGGUUGUGCAAUACUCAUGCUAAUUAUUGCUAAUAAUUGUUUUUAUUCAUAAACCUGUGCAUGCAUUAGUUGCAUAACUACUGUCUUGUUAUAAAUUAUAUUAACACAUUUUUAGGAUGUGUGUUUAGAACCAAUGGAACCCUGCAGUUUAAAUGCCCCCCCACCAUUUUUUUUUUUAAAUGGCAUAAUUGGAAUUUCUCAAGGGAUUAAUCUCAAAAUGGAGAGCAGCUGUCAUAAAUGUCUUUGAGUGGCUGACAAGUCUGUAUCCAGAGACUGUUGCUGACAUUUUUUCAUGAUGUCUCAAGCAUGCAUGCUUGCUGCACGUCUUCCCGUAAUGCAAUGCACAUUCAUCCUUCCACCGGCGCUGUGAGUGCUAAUGGCUGCUCUCACACUGCAAUCAUGGCCUCGUGGGGUAUCAGGAGUUUUAAAUUGCUUGUCACAUUGUGAUAGUCAUGUGCAAUAUGUACAUGUAAAACUAUUGCAAUAUUUUGAAGGAAAAUUGAUAGUAUAGUCCAUAGUUCAUGUUGUUUUUUUGUUUUUUACUGUUGGGUUGUGUGAUAAUCAGUUUACGAAAUAAUAUAUUGAUUCACUGAAGCAAGUCUAUGCACUUCUUAUAAGCACCAUAAAUAUGUCUGCUUGUUGAAGUGGUUAUGGUGUUUGGUCUCUGAGCACAGUGUUUUGUCCUGAAAACGUCCGAAUAUAAAGAUAUUUCAAAGUGUCUGCUUGGGUAACUUUACUUUUAAUAGCUAGCAUUAUCCAGCUCAGAACAUGUUUUCAGCCUGGCUAUGUCUGUGUUGUACAACAUUUGUACAUAUUCGCAGUAUGCUGAUGGUGAAGUAUGGCCUUUUCACUCACACGGACCAUACUUGAUCAUCUAUCAUACUUGGUUUGCUCCCUGCCCAGCUUUCAGCUGAUUGCCAAUCAGUGUUUCUCUUGGUCCUAGGAGAAGCAUUUAUUGGACACUGCGUGACACAAACAAGGUGGUUCAUGCAGGACAAAAUAAAGCGGUUGGUAAGCAUUAGCUCAGAAGUCUGUUCUAAUUUCACGUUUUGGAAUCUGUUAGCAAGGCCUUCAGAUGUUGCAUGUUCAUAUGUGGGGAACCUGAUACAUUGGUCAUUAUCAUUGGAAAGAGUCAAUGUUACAAACUCUUCUCCUAGGUUGAUAGAUAAAAGAUGGGGGGAAAAAGUAUUAAAAUCACAAAAAGUAAGAGUUCCUCAAAACUAUUUCACAAAACCUUUCCAAUAUGUGUGAUCAGGGGCGUACCUAGAGCAUUUGGCACCCGGGGCGGAUCCUGUGCUUGGCACCCCCCCCCCCCCCCAAAAAACCUGUAAAAAAUGUUAAAGGUUUUAUUUCUUUUAUUUUUACAAUUUGUAAACUUUGCAAAACCGCUGUCAGCCCCUCCUACAAAACCCUUGUCCUGCCCUGCCCCUCCUACAAAACCUCUGUCCUGCCCCUUCUACAAAUCCUGUACUGCCCCAUCUACAAAACCCCCGCAACCCCCUUCCACAAAUCCCCUGCUUAUCCCCCCUUAUAAAGACUCCUGUCCCAAUACAAAACCCCCACCCCCUUCUACAAAAUCCCUGCAGCCCUACACACACAUUUACAGGCAGACAGUCACACACUCAGUUACAGACAGACAGUCACACACUCAGUUACAGACAGACAGUCCCACAUACACAUUUCCUCCGUGCGGCCAGUUAAUCAGCUGUUUGCUUGAGUGAGCUGUACUGGCCGCACGGCACCCUAACUACCAUGGGACACUGUGCGGCCACAGCUCACACAGCCCCCUCCAGCCAGGGCCGGUACAAGGAUUUUUGCCGCCCUAGGCAAAAGUAAAGUUUGCCGCCCCCCAUGUGACAUGACAAUGCCCCAACCAUAUGAUUUGCCAUGUUAACUAACGCCAGUGCUGCAGUGCCGCCGUGUUUACAUUAAAAGGCCUGCAGGGACAGGCUAUAGACACCAGAACCACUACAUUAAGCUGAAGUGGUUCUGGGGACUAUAGUGUUUCUUUAAUGUGAGGUAAAUUAGAGCUUAGUGCCACGAAUAAUAUACUAGAUUGCCUACUUACAACCAGAUGAGGAUGAUGAUGGGCUCUAGCUGCAGUCUGGCUCCACUGGUCUGGUGCAGAACAGGCUCUCUGGAGGCGGUUUGUAACUGUGGUCACAAAAAUCAAUGUUCUGGGAGAACGGGAAGCAGCUCCAUUUUUGGGGGUCCUUUACACAGCUCAAGGUCUGGGUCCCAGGGUCCACCUUCAUGUUCCACCAAUGAGUUUGUUCACAGGGGGUGGAGUGUGUAGGGGAUGUCCUGAUAUGUGUGUAAGGAAUGCAUUGUGUGAAAUUGUGUUUGUAUGUGUAAGGACUGCAAGGUGUGUUUCUGUGUAUGUAUGGGAUGCAUUGAAUGUGUGUAAGGGGUGCAUUGAGUGUGUGUAAUGAAUGCAUUGUGUGUUUCUGUGUGUGUAAGGGAUGCAUUGUGUGUAACGGUUGCAUUGCUUGUGUAUGUGUGUCUGUGUGUUUUUCUGUGUGCAAGGGGUGCAUUGUGUGUAUGUGAUGAAUGUCAAUCUCUCCUCCCGCUCCAAUUUCCUUCUCCUCCUCCCAAUUUCUCUUUCUCACCCACCCCCCUUUUCUCUUUCUCACCCCCCCUUAUUUCUCUUUCUCACCCCCCCUUAUUUAUCUUUCUCACCCCCCCUCCUAUUUUCUCUCACCCCCCCCCCCCUUAUUUCUCUUUCUCACCCCCCUUAUUUCUCUCUUUCUCACCCCCCUCCUAUUUUCUCUCACCCCCCUUUUCUCUUUCUCACCCACCCCAUGUUCUCUCUCACCCCAUAUUUCUCUCUCCCACCCCCUAUUUCUCUUUCUCACCCCUUAUUUCUCUUUCUCACCCCCUUAUUCUCUCUCACCCCUUAUUUCUUUUCUCACCCCUCUCUCACCCCAUAUUUAUUUUCUCACCCCCCUUAUUUCUUUUCUCACCCCUCUCACCCCCUUAUUUCUUUCUCACCCCUCUCACCCCUUAUUUCUCUCUCACCCCCUUAUUUCUUUCUCACCCCACUUAUUUAUUUUCUCACCCCUCUCUCACCCCCUUAUUUCUUUCUCACCCCCACCUCCCUGUGGCGUGGCCGAUCCCAGUAUAGCCGGCGGGUACAGGGAGCUUUUGUUUCCUGUACCCGGCCGGACUAACAGGAAGUGCACUCAGUGUGCACUUCCUGUUAGUCCUUCUACUCGAGGCUGCUCUUGCCCGCGGACCAUGCUGCAGUGAGGGAGCUGACAGGAGCGCUCCCACCUGUCAGCCUCUCCCUCAGGCCUGGCCUCAGGUCCCCAGCCGACAAGCGGCCGGUCCAACCCGACAGGAGAAACCUCGACGUCCUCAUGGACGCACCGCCCUGGCAAAGCUGCAGCCGCCUGGAGGCUCUAUACAGAAAAGCUGCAGCAUAUGGGCUGGCCAUGGCACCCCCCACCCGGCUGGCACCCGGGGCGGACCGCCCCCCCUUAGUACGCCACUGUGUGUGAUGUUAUCACCCGCCCAGUUUUCCUGGCUGGUUUUCAAAAGACAAACUGGACACCAUACAGGUACUGCUCAGGUAUCCAGCCGCCUGUUCCAGUGCUGAUGUAGAACCAUUAACUGCUGUGCCUGUCCUGUUCUGCCAACAGGAGUGGUUAGAUUGAAGAAUGCAUUGUACACGAGGGAUAACAUUCCCAACAUCAUGAGCACCAUCAGUUGUUUCCACUGCUGUAAAACCUGAUUUGUAAUAAUUUAUUGAAAGCAAUUGAAAUAGUAUUCCUUCUAUUUGUGGAUAUAGUACAUGAAAUUUGAGUUCCUUUAGUGACCCCUAGUUUAAUGAUUUCCAGCAGAAAGCGAUGUAACAGAAGAAUGUUCCAUUGCACCCAGUUAAUGCCAACACUCAUGGCAAACAGCUCUGCUACAGCGACCCCCUGGGCUUAUUACAUCUUCUAUCAAUCGUUAUUGAUUACAUAUACCUCAUUGUAAUAAGUUCACUGGAAUUUCAACGUAGCGUUACGAAUUCCAAUAAUAUAGGCCUUUCAUUUAAGGGUCAUGUCUUUCUCCUUUCUGACCAGUUGACAUUCUUUGAAUGUACUCCAAAGCUCUCUCUGUGUAACUUUCAAGAGGUACAGGUACUUAUUUGCUUCUUCUUGACUUCAUGUGUAAAUUAAUCAUUUCUAAUGAUUCUAUACUGAAACUGGUCAGUGGCCCAUGAUGUUUGGUAGUUACUUUGUGAGGACCGGUCUCUCCACCUGAAGAUGUCAUGGGGAAGCAAAUUUUCUCUGCCCAUUUUUUUUUUUUGGUACCAUGGUAACAAUUAAAUGUCUGGCCACAAACCGCUUCAUUGAAGGAACAUCAUUGGCCUUAAAAAAAAAAAACUUUGUAAUUCAUUCAUGUAUUUUUAUGAGUGAUUUUGCUUGGGCCUAGUGGGCCUGGGAUAUGUCAAGCACUCCAGUGGAAAAUUAACAGCAGGGUAAGGAUUGCCUGAAAAUAGCAACUUGGUUUCUGGAGAAGUUGCUGGAUUACAGCAAAUGAUGUAAUUUUCUGAGGUAUUAUAUAUAUUUCUUUUACCUGUAAAGGGAAAACCUACUGCCCAAACACAAAAACAAAUAAAUUGCAGUUUAGUGUAUAGAUACAUCCAUUGAAAACUGCAUGCAUUUAAUUAUGUAUUUUUUUUUCACAUGGGUACAAAUGCAGUCUUUGCAAAGCCUCCCCUUAUAGCCCUUCCCACACUUUGAAUGGCUAGUGCACAUGUGCAGCAAAAUGCAGCGCUGCCCCAAUCAGGUGGUCUCUCUGAGACCAUCUGAUUAAAUUAGAAGAUUUUUACUCUGCUAUUUCACUGAAGCACCUCUAGUGGCAGGGUGACAGCCACUAGAUGCAAGUUAACCCUGCAAUGAAAAAAUAUUGCCAUUCCAAAUUUUCAUCUGCAGGGUUAAAUUGGGUUAGAGGUGGGGGGGCCAUGGCAUCCACACCACUUCAUUGAGAUGAAGUUGUCUGGGUGCCUAUAGUGUUCCUUUCAGCAUCAUAUUACAGAGAUUCUUGUUACAAAAGAUUUCGAAAUAUUGUCAUGAAAGAUGGUGUGAAUUAGAGACUUUCCUUUCUGACUACUGUUCGUGUCUUUUGGAUUUUGAUUACAAGAACAAAAAAUAUCAGAAAAGGGUACUUCAAAUUUCUGCGGCUAUACUUGGCCGGUUGAGAGACCUAGCAUUGGAGCAGUGGGCUGAAUUCCUACAUGAAUGUAAUUACUUUGGAAAACUAUAACAGCUUUUUGUUUAUAUAAUGAAACUCCUAUGGAAAAUGUGAGAGUCAUUGAUCUGAAUUGGAAGCAUGUCAAGGACACAGAACUAAUUAUCAGACAUCAUCCAUAUGCGCUAAUCCAGGCUAUCUAGUUGAUGCGAGUUUGCAGUGGAAUGCCUCCAGGCCAAAUUAAGUCGAUGUCAGUAGUAGGUUAAUGCCAGGGUGGCAUGGGCUAUUUUUGGAGAGCGAAUACACUGCACAGCUAAGACAAGAUUACAUUAACUCUGCAUGCGCUAGCUAUUUUCUAUUUAGUUAAUUUUUUUAAAAAUUCUAAUUAACAUCUGCUCACAAUGAUGUCCAGGCAGCACUAAUGCAACAUUCUUCACUUCAAGGCAAUUUUUAAAUUCACUAAACUCCAGAUUGUGGUUAAUUCAAAAAUAGCAAAAUUCGGUCUAAAAUAGACCAACGUGAGUGUGAAUCGUUGGAAAUUCAAAUUGAAUUGCAAAUAUUAAGCCAAAAUAAUGGAAUAGGAAGAAUUCCAGUAAGUCAUGUUCUUAGUUUGGCUAUUGAGGUUUAAAACAGGGCUCGACAAGUCCCUGGUCAUCACGGCGUCUAGGAAUUUUGUCCUGGCGCCUGGGUAUAUAUCAGCCUGUUCUCUCUGAUGCGGGCGGCUCUGGGAGAAUUGGACGGGUGGCCGUCAGGAAUGCAGGUUGCUCUGCUCCUUUGCGUGCACGGCUUUGAUACUGGGUGCCUGGGUAUAACAUCACUCUGGCCUCUGCAUCACUGAAGGUGUACUAGUGAGCAGAGCAAUAAGAGCGUGAAGAUAACAGCAGCCCCACUGGACCCCAGGGAAAGAAUCCCCACUGGACCCCAGGAAAAGAAUCCCCACUGGACCCCAGGGAAAGCAGAUCAACUCCAGAUCUCCCAAAGUAGGGAAGCUGGGUGGACUUAAAUUUAAUUAAAACAAAUAAUUUGUGAGUGUGUCUGCCAGUGAGUAUGUGUAUGUUGCUGUCUGUGUGUGUGUGUCUGCUUAGGUGAUGGGCUCCCCUCUGAUCACAUGGUAAUUGUUUUUACUCACUCUUUUCUCCGAUGGCCCCGCCUCCAGAUAAUCAGUCUUGAUGUUCAAAGCCAAUCCAAUGCUUUCAAACUAAAACAUGUUUGGAGGCUAUUGUGCAUGAGUGGCAAAAUGCAACACCAAUCAGCAUCUUCUCAUAGAGUUGCAUUGAAUCAGUGCAUCUCUAUGGUGAACGCUCAGUGCUUCCAUGCAGAGCGGAGACACUGAAUGUAGAAGCUGCACACUGCGCAGCACUGAGAUAGGAAGCAACUCUAGUAGCUGUCUGAGUGACUGCCAUUAGAGGUGUUACUAGCCUGCAGUUUUCCCUUAAAAGGCAGUGUUUGCAUUGAAAAGCCUGCAGGGACAGACUCUAGACACCAGAACCACUACAUUACGUUUUAGUAUUUCUCUUGACUAUAGUCUCCCUUUAAGAACUGUUAUUAAAUAUAAAGCUUUGUUAUAGUGUAAAAAAUGUUUAAAUGUUAAAAAUGUAAAAAAUCUGAAUCCAGAAAACAUAAUUAAUUUCUAAAUUUGCUUGUUAGUUUCUAGUAACAUAUUCAUGCUCUUACUACUACAAAUGAAUUAAUAAUCUAUUGAUGUUGCAUGUAUGAAGUACUCAAUAAAAAGAAACGGUAAAGCAUCACCAAAACUCUCAUCAGUAACUUCGUUCACGCAGUCUUCUAGACCGGGCAAUGUCUGUUUUUUUAGAUUGUAAAAACUGGACUGGAAGUGGGACACUUUCUAUUGCUUUCCAAUUUUUACCUAAAAUUUUCAAUUCCCUUGUCGAACCUUCACUGUGCCUUAUUUGGGCUCCGAUCUAAUAUUGUUGGAUAAGCUCUACAAAUGAUUCAGUAUUUUUGGAUAAACAUUUUAAAAUAAUUUUUUCAGCAUGUUAAAAUAUAAAAAUUAUAUCUAAUUUAUGAAAAAGAUAUUACAAAAAAUAUAAAAAUACUACAAAAUUCAUUUAAAAAAAAAUAUUAAACCAUUUUAAAAGUUUAUCAAAAAAUAUUAAAUCAUUUAGAAUGCUUCUUCAACAAUACUAAAUCAAGACCUUAAUGAAUAACCCUAUAUGAUUUAAAAACCACGAGUUAACUGUAUUUAUUACACUAAAGAGAUUCUAUAGGGUUAGGAAUACAAAUCUGUAUUCCUAAUACUUUAGUGCCCUCUGGUACCCAUCCCUUAAUUAUUGCAGUUUCUCAAAAACUGCAGUGUUUUACAUUGCAUGACAAAGGGGGACAGGGACACUGCACCUAGACAACUUCAAUGAGAUGAAGUGAUCUGGGUGCCUAUAGUGUCCCUUACGUUAUGACUGCACAUAUGGAGUUUAACCCCUCUACUACCAGAGGGGUAACUCCACCUUCGGCAGCAUCAUUAGGGUGUCAUCAACCAGCCCGGAACAAGAGUCCAGGGCUGCCUAAUAUUAAUUCUGUGCACGUUUCAUUGCAGAGAAUGCCGGGGUUCUGUAGCUCGAUCACCAGGGAUCAAGUGUAAACAUUAGAUGACUCUUUACAGGAAGUGUUUAGGAAAGCUGUGUUAGUCACAUGCAGGGAGGUGUGCUAGAUGGUGGUUUUAACACUAUUGGGUCAUGAAUACAUGUUUGUGUUCCUGACCGUAUAGUGUUCCUUUAACUCCUAAAUGGCAGAGAAUUGAGCAGUGAGACUGAAGGGGCAUGACCUAUACCAAAACUGCUUCAUUAAGUUAAAGUUGUUUUGAUGCCUUUAGUAUCCCUUUAAUGUUUUAUUAUAUACUUACAAUUUUGUUCUGCAGAUUUGCCUGUUAACUUUUUAUUUUUUGUAAAAAAGUUUUGUUUUUUUCUUUUCCCCUGUCCACGUUUAUUUUCUUAUAAAGUCUGAAACAUUGCAUUAAUGGUUUGUCUUGUAUUCUUUUGUUUCUACAGUGUUCGCAGUAGUGUUUUUGAAUUGAUUUUCAUCCUGUACAGGAUUACUUUACUGUUUAAUGUAUCCCUAUUGACUUAGAAAACACAUGGAUCUAUAAAUUUCUGCAUCUUUAUUAUUAAGGAUGUUAAUGUUUAAGAUUAGUAAAAACAACACUAUUUAUCUACCUGUGUCCAGGGCAACAAUGGUGGUUAUGGUGCCUGGAAUCCCAUUGCUGUGUCGUACGAUAAUAAAAACAUUUAUAUGAUACCUUACUGUGUCAGGAACCCGGCUUUUAUUUUUUAUUCUCAGUCUGAGUUGCUAUGAUAAAGCAGAAAUUCAUAUUAUCCAUCUUCAUUUAUCAGGCCUAACAAUUGUUCCAAUUUUGGCAUGACAAUCCCUAUUUUAAGCUACUGUUCCGCCGUUCCGAUUUUGUUCCCUGGUGUGUUGUAUCCACGAACACAAGGAAACUGUUGCCAGGGAGAACAGCCCUCAUUAAAAAAUACUUGUGCUGUGUGUUGGGUACUAGGGCUUCAGUAGUGUUCUCGGCAUGGUCUUCUGUGAUGGAGCCAAGCCUGCUGUCUGGCUGGCAGCCUGGCGUGCUGACAUGCCCUUUCAUUAGGCAGGCCGGCCAGCCAGCCAGCCAUUAUGGGCAUCCCCAGUGAUGCUUCCUAAGCAAGCCCACCUUCAUUCCAAUCACAUACGAUUUAUUGUGUGGAGGUAUUAUUAUACAACAUAUAUGUUUUGAAAUAAAUUAAGACCCAUUUUUGAAAAAAUAUUGAUUACCAUGGCUUUAGAUAUUUAUUUUCAUAAUAUAGGAAAAUAUCUCACCUCUCCAAAACUUUUCCAGAAACACCUGAAUCCUUUCUAUAGGUGCCCUAGUAAUGGAAAUAUUGAAUAUUACUAAAACGUGAUGGUAAAAAAAAAAAAACACGAUAAAAGAGCCAAGUUAGCACCUCUAUAACUUUGGAAAUACAGAAGAUAUGUCAUAUGUAAAAAUAAAUAAAAUCAAAGUAUGUGAGGUUGAAAAGUGCCUCUUCGUUGGUUGAUUUCAUUUGGAAUGAGUAUAUGAGAAAAAAGACCAAAGUCAAAUUAAGCGUUAUUCUAAAUUUUGCAACAAACUUUGAAGAAUUUACUUCUGGAAACCCUGAUAUCUUUUACAUCACAGUCUGCUAAAGGAAACUGGUAUAAAUAAACUGUAUAGGCAUUAUAACAACUUUAUCUAAAUAAAGUUACGAAGCCUUGGUGCUAGGACUCCCACUGGAGAAAUCUUACCUCUGAGAUGGAUCUCAGCUCCCCCACUGGUAGCUUCCUGCCUAUGUAAUUCCACUUACAGGUAGCACGAAGUGCCACCGAGCAGGGGCACCGCUGAUUGGGUGAGAGCAGACAGCUUACGUUCUCAGCCAAUCAGUAACUCCUUAUUCACAAAACUGGCUUGGUAAGAAACAUUCCUUUUCCAAGCCAGUUUUGUGAAUAAGGGAUCACUGAUUGACUGAGAGCGUCAGCUGACCUUUCUCAACCAAUCAGCGCCAGCACUGCGCGCUUCCUGUAAGAAGCUGCCAGGGGAGGAGCUGAGAUCGGCGCUGGAGGCAACUUCAGAGUUAAACCGUUCGAAAAUGGUUUAACUCUUGAAGGUAAAAGUGCGUCUGGGAGCCUCCUGGCAUUAUAACAGCUUCAUUUAUUUGAAGUUAUUUUGGUGCCUAGAGUGUUCCUUUAAUUGUCUGUUGUCAAUAAAACUACACUAAACUACAAUAAAACUACACUAGACUUGAAAAACGUUACAUUUCAUUUCACAUUGUUUGUUUAUUCUUGCUUACUUAAAGUGAAAUCAUGUUGAUGACUGGUUACCUUCAGAUAAAUAUAUAUACAAGCCGUACACUGCAAUGUCAAAACGUCCAGUGAAGUACAGAUUAGGAGAUAUACUUACCCAAAGUUUGUUUCCUUUACGAACAGCAUUGUGCCCUCUAGUGGAUGGAACGACUGCGCACUCAGCUGCCCUCCAAACGGCGAGAACAGAAUCUUAGAAUUUCUAGCAUGAGACUGCAGUUAAACACUCUCAGCACCCAUAUAUAAAGUCUUUAGUGCUGGGCUGACAGCGUGGGGACAGUAUAGACGUAUUACGCAGGAAUGUGAAAUAUUGAAUCUUAAAUAACUUUAAUCUAGACAUUUGCAGCCUCUUUGGCAGCAGCACAUUCAAUUUUAGCUUGUGUUACUUUCAAAGGAAUACUUACGCUUAGAUAAAUGGAUUUAAUUUGAAAUUUUCAGCGUUGCCUAAAACAUUUGCUCGGUACUGUAAGUAUAUGAAUAUUAUAAGUAGAAAUCAAAUACUGCACACAAUGUAUAAACCAAAAUAAUGACAGUUCUAAUAAGAACGUCAAGUGCCUGUUUUAUUUUGGUGGCCCCAUUAACCCUGUCUCCUGGCGAACUGGCGUGAAGGUGUUUAAGUGACUUGUCCUGUUGGUGUCCUCUCCCCAGUGCAGAAUGAUAGAGAGGCUUUUUGGUGCAAUAUACGAGUCACAUUACAGUGUCCUAAGUCAUUUCUCAUAAUGGUGACAAGCAGAAAGGGACAUCUGUGUCACCAGACCUACAGAUCAUUUGCUGACUAUGUGCUCUGCUACCGAAGAAGUGGGAGUUUUUAGAGAGGCUGGCACUGGAUUUGAGCUUUGGCCACAAUGUCUCUGUGUAUCUUCACAAAAACCGCAAAUUGUUGUGAAUUGAAAAUGGAAUGGGAAAAUUUAGGCAAAAAGUCCUGUUAUUGAAAAACUUUCUAACUUCACUAUAGUCACAUCUUCGCUAUUUUAUUCCAAAUUUUGAAUUUAGGUCCCCUUCAAGUUAUCGAUUCCCUACAAAUCAGUGUUUAGUAAAUAGGUCCCUCUGAGUUGUUCAGAAUGCGUCGAGAAAGUUUAUUAGAGUAUGGGUACUCUGAGCUGGCACUUUGUGAGUUGUGGUGUGUUGGACAGCGAGAGUCUCAGUGGGUGUGUGUUGGGCAGAUUGACAUUGCAGUAUGUUGAUGUCCAUGUGGUAGUGUUUACACCUCUGUUUUCUGGAUUUUUGGAUUUGAUUCGUGCCUCUUUUCUUUCUGCAGUUUAUCCUCUGGCAUUUUGACAUACGAGGAGCAUGAAGAUUUUGUCCGAGUCUUAGCUGCAGCGUUCACUGUCUCCCUUUGCAGGUAACCUUGUCACAUCAAGCACUCUAUACGAUAAUAGUGUGUGUACCAAUCCUAAUGAGCCAGAAAGAUCAAUAUUUAAGACUGUUUGAUCUGCUGUUGUAUACUGUUUGUCUAUUUCUUAUACUAUUUGAGUAAAUCAUUUUGUUGCAAUCUUUUUAGUAUGGCAUAUUCUAUUUCACUAUAUAUUGGCCCUGCAGGAUAGAGAUCAUUCUCACAUUACGGAAUACAAACAAACAGAUAAUGUUUUCAAGGGUUUACAAUUGUGGUGGGAGGUUAGCAAACUCAUGAUUACAGAGGAAAUUUAUAUAAAUAUAUAUAUAUAUAUAUAUAUGUAUAUAUAUACAUACACACACAGUGCAUGUAAAGUUUAAAAGGAAAAUCUCAUUAAAAAGACAUUGAUUCAUUAAAAUAAAUUAGACAGAGUAGUUCAGAUUUGAUGGGAGGUAAAAACAAGCAUAUGAUAAAUGGGAAGAGGUAAUAGGAGAGAUCAUUAUAAUUAAGGUGAUGAUAAUAAUUAGGUUUAAGGGGGAACUUGCCUGCAGGUCGGAUCAGACGUGUUUGGUCUGAGCUCCUGCGUCUGAUUGCCGGGGCUAGCUGCGGGCCCCACGCUUAUUCAGACCCGAAAUGAUACUCACCCUGCUAAGCUGCUGACAGGCAGUGGUUAUCCUGGUCCCCACUGGCGACCACCACUACCCAUUACUGCAUUCCAGCACCCGCACUGACGGAGGUCUUGGGCAGGGCCGGUCACCCUAAGAUGGCGGACACGCUACUACCGCAUGCGCAGCUACUUACCAUACUCAUGCAGAGCGCUUGUGAGCAAAUACUGCAGCAUCUGGCUGGGACUUUUGAAACAUUCUGGGCUAAGUUAGCAGCUCACCUUGAAUUGUCAGAGGCUCCGGUUGAGGCGAGAAAGCGGAGACAGGAGAGGCGGGAGAAGAGCGGGCCCUCCCUGGGCGCUUCUUCCACAACAGCGUUGAAGUCUCACAAUCUGGGCCUACCUGGGCUGAAGGCCGACAGGGAUAUACACCCAGAUGCUGUGCUUUGCUCUGCAUGCGCACUAGCCUCCCAAUGCUUUUUUUAGGGAAAGCAAUGGAUUGGCUGAGAUCAUUGAGCUCAAUGAUCUCUGCCAAAGAGCCGGAGUGACAAGCCAGGGACCGCCACUGCAAAAAGAGAAAAGGUAUGUAAACCUCACCUUUUUAAUCCUCCAUGGUUACUUAGGUCACUGUAACGUUAGGGAUGCACAUUUGUAUUCCUUAUGGAAUCGUGUCCUUUAAGCGAAGCUUUCAAUCAUUCUGGCAUGCAUUCACCAAAUACAGAAAUGCCCCAUUUCCAGACAGACCUGGCCCACUCCAUUGUUAACAUCUUUCUCCACAACCCCCUCUAGUCUCCUGGUCCUUAAUUCAUACAUACAGUUUAUGAAUUAAGUUAGCUGACAGUUUGCUCCAUCUUUUUUGAUGUUUUGCUCGAUAUGGAAGCUGAUACAUUCUGACAGAGAGCAUACUGUCAGUUUGUAACCGUUUCCAUCAGUCAAGCACUGAGCAAACUGUCAGCGUGGAAUCAUUUCCAUCUAUCAAGUAAAGCAGGGAGCAUACUGUCAGUGUAUAGCUACUUCCAUUUAUCAAGCACUGCAGGGACAGAGAGCAAACUGUCAGCGUGGAACCAUUUGCAUCUAUCAAGUAAAGCAGGGAGCAUACUGUCAGUGUAUAGCUACUUCCAUCUAUCAAGUAAAGCAGGGAGAAUACUGUCAGUGUAUAGCUACUUCCAUCUAUCACGUAAAGCAGGGAGAAUACUGUCAGUGUAUAGCUACUUCCAUCUAUCAAGUAAAGCAGGGAGAAUACUGUCAGUGUAUAGCUACUUCCCUCUAUCAAGUAAAGCAGGGAGAAUACUGUCAGUGUAUAGCUACUUCCAUCUAUCAAGUAAAGCAGGGAGCAUACUGUCAGUGUAUAGCUACUUCCAUCUAUCAAGUAAAGCAGGGAGAAUACUGUCAGUGUAUAGCUACUUCCCUCUAUCAAGUAAAGCAGGGAGAAUACUGUCAGUGUAUAGCUACUUCCAUCUAUCAAGUAAAGCAGGGAGCAUACUGUCAGUGUAUAGCUACUUCCAUUUAUCAAGCACUGCAGGGACAGAGAGCAAACUGUCAGCGUGGAACCAUUUGCAUCUAUCAAGUAAAGCAGGGAGCAUACUGUCAGUGUAUAGCUACUUCCAUCUAUCAAGUAAAGCAGGGAGAAUACUGUCAGUGUAUAGCUACUUCCAUCUAUCACGUAAAGCAGGGAGAAUACUGUCAGUGUAUAGCUACUUCCCUCUAUCAAGUAAAGCAGGGAGAAUACUGUCAGUGUAUAGCUACUUCCAUCUAUCAAGUAAAGCAGGGAGCAUACUGUCAGUGUAUAGCUACUUCCAUCUAUCAACUAAAGCAGGGAGAAUACUGUCAGUGUAUAGCUACUUCCCUCUAUCAAGUAAAGCAGGGAGAAUACUGUCAGUGUAUAGCUACUUCCAUCUAUCAAGUAAAGCAGGGAGCAUACUGUCAGUGUAUAGCUACUUCCAUCUAUCAACUAAAGCAGGGAGAAUACUGUCAGUGUAUAGCUACUUCCCUCUAUCAAGUAAAGCAGGGAGAAUACUGUCAGUGUAUAACUACUUCCAUCUAUCAAGUAAAGCAGGGAGCAUACUGUCAGUGUAUAGCUACUUCCAUCUAUCAAGUAAAGCAGGGAGAAUACUGUCAGUGUAUAGCUACUUCCCUCUAUCAACUAAAGCAGGGAGAAUACUGUCAGUGUAUAGCUACUUCCCUCUAUCAAGUAAAGCAGGGAGAAUACUGUCAGUGUAUAGCUACUUCCAUCUAUCAAGUAAAGCAGGGAGCAUACUGUCAGUGUAUAGCUACUUCCAUCUAUCAACUAAAGCAGGGAGAAUACUGUCAGUGUAUAGCUACUUCCAUCUAUCAAGCACUGCUGGGACAGAGAGCAAACUGUCAGUGUGGAACCGUUUCCAUCUAUCAAGUGCUAUGCUCUUGAUAUUGAGAUCUUGAUAUUGAGAUAUUAAUACUCUGCUUGUUCUAUUCCUGCAAUAUGUUUCUUCUGAAUACAUUAUCACACACUUUACUCUGGUAUAAAAUCAGUGCUGUUAUAUUUGAACAUUUCCUCUGUUCUAAUUUAUAGAUCUCUACUUGGGCUUCGAGUAGUUUUAUUUCGCUAUCAUUAAUCUUUUUUUUUUGGUGUCAUACAAUUAUUUACUUCUUUUAUUUGCCGUGUAACCAACUGAAUUAUAUUCAAAAGUGCCUUCUAUUUAUUUAAUUCUUUAAUUUUUUUUAAUUUAAUUUUUUAUUUAUUUAUUUAUUUUUAAUCACAACUUUAGUCUAAUUUUUUUUCAGUUUAUCUUUUUUUUUUUUUGGAACUGUUUAAUUAUCAGGAAUUUACAGUCAAAAUAGCAGAGAUGUAGAUUUUUCUAAUUUCCCUGGUCAUUUCCUGGCAUUUCCCAGUUUAGUGAAUAACUUUAACUGCAUAAUAAUAAUACAGACUCAGACUGUAGUUUUAUUUCUUUAUUAGCAGCUAAGAGUUGUGCUCCCUUCUUUAAAAAAAUGUUCCUAUGUGUUUUGUAUACGAAACGAAUACACAGUGGACCCAUGAUAGUUUUCACUAUUCCAGAGACAUGCCAAAACUUAUCCUGCCUCAUUUAAUUAACAUUUCUGUAAUAAGAUGAUCUUACAUCUGCAAAUAGCACUUAAAGUGGUACAUGUGUUGUAGCCCUUGAUUGGUGUGCGGUUAACCUUAUAUUAAAAUGCAUUACGAUUUGCUAAGACUUGUAUAACUGGCGGCUUAUUACACACAAUAUGUUUAGUCCACAAAUCCUAUAAGUAUACCGAGAGCUGGGGUUUGUAACUCCUUGGUUGGGACUUAGAAUUGUGCCCCAGGUUAUUUUGUGGGUUCCUAAUGGUCCUAACAGGCACAUCACAUUUAGUCAGUACCCAUGCAAUUACCGACAAUAAAGUGUAGCAGUAUUUACUUUCCCAGCUGGUCUGUCACUUUUUUUUUUAAAUUAGUUGUGCUUCCUGGGUAGCCAGGAAGCCAAGUUUUUUGUUUUUGUUUUUUUCCUCCGCUGACAAUACUUAGCUUUAAAAGGUUAUAUAUAAGUAGUAGAACCUGCAGUUUGACAAACGUUGGCAAAAAGUGAAGCUUUAAUCAAGCUGCAUGUCAUUUGUCUACUCUAUAACUGGUUGCAAAUUCUUACUCGCAUUAUUCCAGCAGUGAUGCUCCCAAGAUACAGAUGGACUGGGCGCAUCCUUUUACACAUAUGCUCUAGGGAGGGCAGAGGAAGCAACUUCAAGAGUACCGCCAUAGUGGAUUUGCUAAAAUGGUGGCACUGUGCAUGAACACCCGGCGAGACCGGCAGGACAUAAAAUAAGGUAAGUUGCAGUGGAUCCCAGGGUUAUCAACAAGUGUUGGGAAGUUAGAGAGGCUACGGUGACCCAAAGAAAGGCUGCGAUGGUGGAAGAUAAAGAAGUGACAGACCUACCUUAGUGGAGAAUCAUCUGACACCAGGUGAAACCCCGUGAAAGAUUUUGAAGAGUCACAAAAAUGGGUUGCUUAGCUCAUGACAUGAAUGUAUUUUGGACAAAAUAUAACAGAAGAACUGCACUGCACACCUAGCAUAGUGACAGUGUCCAUAAAAACUCCUUUAUUUUCUCAAUGGAAGUAGCCACGUAAUUCAUAAGUUUCUGCAUAUAUGACCCUGUUUAUCUGUUAGUUUUGGUUCUUGUUGAGGGUCUGGGGUGCUGUAUUUACUACUAGUGCAGAGUUAUCAUGUGUGUCUUUGAAAGAAUGUAAUUUGGGACCCUGACAAAAAUGUUAAGAACCACUGAUCUAUAUUAUUAACUUGCAAAUCACAAUUUUAGUUCAGGAGACUAGACUUACAUUUCAGUGGUGGACUAACCCACAAACUACCACUUGUAGCAUGGCAGCACUGUAGCAAGGCAGUGUGAUCAGUGAGAAUUGGACCAGAACAUAACAUGAUUCAGCAGUGAAGAAUAUUUCAUGCAUGCUACCUUCAGGACAGGCAGUUCAUAAGUGGCAAUCAGACCAAGUAUCAGGACAGGCAGCUCUGGAUUGUACUUGGUAAUCAGGCUAAAGGUCAGGACAGACACCUCUAGUUCAUAAACGAUUAUCUGGCUAAAUGUCAGAAUAAGUGACUCUGGUUUAUAAUUGGUAGUCUGGCUAAGGUUUAGAACAAGUGGCCCAGAUUCAUAAUUGAUAGUUGGGCUAAGGGUCAGGUCUGAAGUCAAAAUUAAAGCUAACAUCUGCACACUCCAUGUACGAAAGGUAUGUCCCGUAGCAUGGACUGGGCUUACAUAGGAUAGCCGGGUUAUCUCUUACAUGUGUUUCACACAGAGUGGCAUCAAAUAACAGUGGGUCCCCCACCAAAAUAAAAAAAGCCACUGCGAGACUCUGAGGAUGAUCGGAUGAGCAGUGCGGUGGAUGUAACUCUCCAUUGCUAAAAGACUGCAAAUAACAGUGGGUCCCCUAACCCCCACCAAAAUAAAAAAAGCCACUGCGAGACUCUGAGGAUGAUCGGAUGAGCAGUGCGGUGGAUGUAACUCUCCAUUGCUAAAAGACUGCAAAUAACAGUGGGUCCCCUAACCCCCACCAAAAUAAAAAAAGCCACUGCGAGACUCUGAGGAUGAUCGGAUGAGCAGUGCGGUGGAUGUAACUCUCCAUUGCUAAAAGACUGCAAAUAACAGUGGGUCCCCUAACCCCCACCAAAAUAAAAAAAGCCACUGCGAGACUCUGAGGAUGAUCGGAUGAGCAGUGCGGUGGAUGUAACUCUCCAUUGCUAAAAGACUGCAAACGUAUUUCAUAAAUAGGCGCUUCCUGUGUGCUUAUUACAAGUAUGUUUUCCGUACGGAGGGACAAUACUGAGACGUCACACAGAGCUCUGGAAUGUGUUGGAGAAUUUUGCAAUUCUAUUUUUAAUAAAAGUUCAAAAUGAAAGUAAAAGUACAGAACCAAUAAGAAUUUAAUUUCCAAACAGAACAACUCACAGUGAUACCAAUUUAUAGUGAGGUGCAACUGGAACGGAAGUAAUUGUAAAGUAGAUUAACCCCUUAAGGACCAAACUUCUGGAAUAAAAGGGAAUCAUGACAUGUCACACAUGUCAUGUGUCCUUAAGGGGUUAAAGGACCACUCCAGUGCCAGGAAAACAAACUCGUUUUCCUGGCACUAUAGUGCCCUAAGGGUUCCCCCACCAUCAGGGUCCCCCUCCCGCCUGGCUGAAGGGGGAGGAAGGGGGUUAAACACUCACCUUUCUCCAGCGCCAGGCUCCCUCAGCGCUGGGGACUCGCCUCCUCCUUUGGUCGUCAUCGGCUUAAUGCGCAUGCGUGGCAAGAGCCGCGCGCGCAUUCAGUCAGUCCAUAGGAAAGCAUUGGGAAGCGCCUCUAGCAGCUGUCAAUGAGACAGCCACUAGAGGCUGGAUUAACCCUAAAGUAAACAUAUGUUUACAGUAGGCAGGGUUAAUCCUAGACUUCAUUAAAGGACCACUAUAGGCACCCAGACCACUUCAGCUUAAUGAAGUGGUCUGGGUGCCAGGUCCAGCUAGGGUUAACCCCUUUUUUUUUUUUUUCUAAACAUAGAAGUUUCAGAGAAACUGCUAUGUUUAUGUUAGGGUUAAUCCAGCCUCUAGUGGCUGUCUCUUGACAGCCGCUAGAGGCGCUUGCAUGCUUCUCACUGUGAAAAUCACAGUGAGAAGACCCCAGCGUCCAUAGGAAAGCAUUGUAAAUGCUUUCCUUUGACACUGGCUGAAUGCGCACGCAGCUCCUUUAUGUAGGCAAAUAGCCAAAUACACACACACAGAAAUUAUAUCAAAGAUAUGAAAAAACAAAUCAACAAACAUUUUUCUGUCAUUGAAAUGAGAUGCCUGGCUAAAUUGAUUGCAUGUAAAAUAUAAUUUUACAAAACAAAAUGUGAAAAGAAAUCUUUCCACCAGGAUAUAGUUUCUCUAUGUCCUACCGAAUGUUCAGGCAUACCCCUGAUGCCGAUCAUUCCUCAUGGACCACAGGAUGACAUGCUCUUGGCCCCUGAAUAUCAGAGCACAUAGAGAAUUGCUCAUCCAUACGUGUCAUGUGUUGUGCCUGUCAAUAAAAGGGGUUAAAGGUCUCAGGAAAAUGCCAGCUUUCUGUGCAGCCUGUGAAAACCUAGAGCUACGUCAAAAGAAUAUGUCCCAUAGAGAUUUUUGUUUUUUGCGUUUAUUUCUUCCCUCUGUGAAAUUGACAGUGUACUGGGGGGGAAAAAAAAGGUUUAAAGGGAUCUGUCACGUCUUUGGAAAUAACAACACUGAAUAAAAUCAUUGAAAAAUACAUAGAACUGUGUUAAUCUUUUUUUCAUGAGAUCCUCUGGUUUUCUUUCAAAUUUAUACUAAAUAUUUAACAAAUAACAUAGUAAUCCAGUUCAGAUAAGGCAACACCAUGACAAACUUUGCUUAAAGAGGAAAAAUAGUAGCAUUGUUUAAUUUCUUCUUUCCUCUGUAUUCUUUCUCCUUGCAGACUGUCAGUUAUAAGGCAGAGUUUAUAAGAGGUAAAUAAAUCAAAUUAAAAUAACAAUUGUUGACAAGAAUCUAAGAUGGAGGCUACCAUUGCAGUAUAAAGAGGUGUGGAUUUCUACAUGUAAUUUUGUUUUUCAUACCAAACAAAUACAUCUUUGUUCAAUAUAGAGGAAAGUAAACAUGAUAUUGAAAAUCCUGGUAAUUGACAGUUCCCCUUUAAAUCAUAGACACUAAAUGGCCAGAAUCAUAUGCCAAGCAGUCAUGUGUUCAGUGUGAAUUGUAGAUUGUUAGCUCGUUUGAGCAUGGUCCUCAUAAACCUAUUGUUCCUGUAACAUUUUGUAAUUGUCUUAUUUAUUGUAUAAUUUUAUAAUAUUGUAAAGUGCUGUGGAAUAAGUUGGCGCUAUAUAAAUGUCUAUAAUAAUAUCAAUAAUUCAAAUUUUGUUUACACUUUCAAACAGGAUUAUUCACUAAAGUAUGAGUUCUUGGUAAUUUAAAGUGAAUUCAAUAUUUGAAUUCACUUUACAUUCACCUAAUAUUCCCAAGCAUUUAAACUUUAUUGAAUAACGCUGAAAGAGAUUUUUAGAGGGUAGAGUAAAAGUAGCAACACCAGAAAGAUUCAAUGAACCAUUUUUAAAGUAAGCAGAAGACGAUGUAGCAUUGAGAAGGAUGUUUUUAUAAUGCUUAAAUGGUUUGAAUAUUUACCUGGGGUAAGCAGGGCAUCGCUCCCUGCUUCUUCACAGCUGGCGCAAGCUGAGAGCGAUCAGCUGAAGCUUAACGCUUUUAGCCAAUGGGAUACACCGUGCAGCACUCAGCUGUGCGCUUCCAACUGUGAGGAGGCAGAGAGCGGCGACUAGUAGACCUCAGGUAAGAAGACUUACUGUUAGCAAACUGACUACUUGCAUAGGAGGGGUGAAACCAUAAUCACUACAGGUCGCUGGAUAUAAUGGGAUAAUCUCAUAAAUGUUUGUAUAUGCAUGUUGUCUUAUAUCAGUGUGUUAUGUCACAUAAAAUCCAUUUAUCGUUGGGCAUUACAGAUUUUAUGAACUUUUGGGAAAAAAGAGAUGGUUUGUCAGAACUGGAUAUAGAAUUCAGGAUAAAGAAAUAUAAACGCAAUGCUAUGUAGCAAGAAAAACUAGCUUGCCAAAUAAGCUAUUUUUUUUUUUUACUAUAAUUAUCUCAUGGACAGAUGGAUAUUAAGCAGACCAUGUAUCAUUGCAGAAGCAACUUGUAAACCAAAAGCCAAUGUCCUAUCAGUAGACUGAAUGGUACAUUUGUUGAUUUUCAUUAUAGUACAGGUUACUUUAGAAUCUGAAUGUAGAGAUUUUUUUCAUCCCGAAUGAUUCUCUAAAAGAACUACUCCGGGCUUCAUACCAACUUCAUAGCAAUAAAAUUGUUAUGUUGCAAGGAAUUUGUGGGCUCUGACAUACCUUAAAGCAACACUAUGGUCAUCAGAACAACUACAGCUUAAUGUAGUUGUUCUGGUGUCUGUAGCAUGUCUCUGCAGGCAUUUUAAUGUAAACCCUGCUUUUUCAGAGGAAAGGCAGUGUUUAUAUUGCUCACAAGGUCCACCUCCAGUGGCAGUCACUCAAACAGCCACUAGAGGUGCUUCCUGGGUCAGUGCUACACAGUGUGCAGCACUGAUGUUUAGCGUCUCCACGAUCUGCAUUAUAUGCAUCUCUAGGAGAUGCUGAUUGGCCAGGGGGGUGUUUGGCUCUGCCCCUGCCCUUCCACCUUGGCUGAGAUCAUCAGAUUUGACUAUCUCAGCUAAUCCAGUGAUUUCCCAUAAAGGCGCUGGAAUUGGUGAGUUUUUUUUACUUAUUUAAGUAAGUCCAGGGACCUAAAUAGUGUUUUUAGCGCUAUAGGGUCAGAAAUAAACUUUGGUGUUGAUGACCCUAUAUUGUUCCUUUAAUGGAUUAAACCGUUAAAGAACACUUUAACCCCAAACAAUGCAAUGCGGCAGAAAAAACUGCGUUCUUCUACUUCUUAUGUAGGUCCGAGGCUUUAUUCAUGAAGCUUCAAACAGAGCAUCGCUGACACUUUCAGCCUAUAACUUGCUCCCCAUCAAAAAUUGGAGAGAAAAAGGUAUGAAUCUUUUAAUUUUUUUAUUUUUUAUUCUUUAUUUUUAUUGUGCAGUUGGAUACAGGAAAAGAAUAAACGCCACAACAGCGUAUUGCAAGAGUAACAAGCGAUAGUGGCAUUAAGGUUUGCACAUUUUUAUAUACAUUUUUAUCAUCAAGCUUGACUAUACGGUUAGAACGUCAAUGUGAAAGUAAAGGUAAAUAAAACAAGUAACGCUUAACAAAGAGGGCACAAAAAGCAGUUGUCAGUAGACUAUAAUCAACAAUAUUGUUGCAGGCUAGAAACUGACUGCAUGUGAGUGAUUAGCCAAGGUGAGUAAUCAGGAUGUGGGUGCCUGUUAAGGCAUCAAGAUAACUGUUAGCUUAAAACUAAGGUGGCAACAUAGGUAUGAGUAAAAUUCACUCAGGGUCACAUUUUCCUACAAUGGCACAAAAAAGAGGUUUCAGGCAGGUCCUCCCGGAUAAGUACCGUAUUUUUCGCUCCAUAAGACGCACCUCACCAUAAGACGCACCUAGUUUUUAGAGGAGGAAACCCAGAAAAAAAAAAUAUUCUGAACAAACUGUUCCAUAGUGUUUCUUACUAUGGGGCAGUUUGUUCAGAAUAUUUUUUUUUCCCCCUGUCCCAUAAUGAUCUUUAACCCCUCCUCCCCUGUCCCAUAGUGAUUGUUAACCCCUCCUCCCCUUGUCCAUUAGUGUUCUGAUCCCAUAGUGUCCCCCCUCCCAUUGUCCCAUAGUGCACUUUCCCUCCCAUAGUGUCCCCCCUCCCCUUGUCCCAUAGUGUCUCCCCCUCGCCUUGUCCCAUAGUGCACUUUCCCUCCCAUAGUGUCUCCCCCUCCCCUUGUCGCAUAGUGUCUCCCCCUCCCCUUGUCCCAUAGUGUCUCCCCCUCCCCUUGUCGCAUAGUGUCUCCCCCUCCCCUUCUCCCAUAGUGUCUCCCCCUCCCUUUAUCCCAUGGUGUCCCCCUCCUUGUCCCAUAGUGUCUCCCCUCCCCUUGUCAUGGUUUCUCCCCUUCUCCCAUAGUGUCUCCCCUCCCUUUCUCCCAUAGUGUCCCCUCCUCCCCUUGUCCCAUAGUAUCCCCCCAUUGUCCCAUGGUGCACUUUCCUCCUAUAGUGUCCCCUCCUUCUCCUAUAGUGUCUCCCCCUCCGUUUCUCCCAUAGUGUCUCCCCCUCCCCUUGUCCCAUAGUGUCUCCCCUCCCCUUCUCCCAUAGUGUCUCCCCCUUCCCCUUGUCCCAUAAUUACUUACCUGUCUUGGAGCGUGGGCCGGCUUCACAGCGCGCUCCGCGGUACAGGAACUUCUAUUUCUGGUUCCGGUUUCCGGCGGGACUGAAAGGAAGUGCACACUCAGUGUGCACACUUCAUUUCAGUCCCGCCAGAAAACGGAACCUGAACUUGAAGUUCCUGUACCGCGGAGCGCGCUGUGAAGCCGGCCCACGCUCCAAGACAGGUAAGUAAAGCUUCACAUUUGCUCCAUAAGACGCACAGACAUUUCCCCUCACUUUUGAGGGGGGAAAAAGUGCCUCUUAUGGAGCGAAAAAUACGGUAUUCUGUUGCAGGCUGAGGGAUCGGCCGCCUCCCUCUCGUGCGCUGCUACUAGGCCUCUUGCAGGCCGCAGAUCUUCCUCUGGGGUUAUCCACCAAGCACAGCUGGGAGCCCCACUUGAAUAGGGCCCAGGGGUGUCUCACACAAUUGUAGCGUCGAGGGCUGUAAGUUUUGGGUCGCUGGGUUGCCUUUAUCGGUUAUUUAGGAGUCAGAUUGUGUGGAGCUCACAGUGUGCGCGACCGUUCUGUGCGGCUGCUAGGCUCCGCCACAAAGGCAUGUAUAUUUUAAUAACAUAUAUUCCUUAUACAAGCGUAAGAAACACUUGCUAGUGGAAUUUAUAAAUUGGGCUGGUGGACCACCCAUGAGAGGGCUUUCCUGUCACUCACUUCUGUCUUACACCUAUCAAACUAUUUAUUGACAGGUAUGAGAGGGGCCAGAGUUUAAAAACGUAUUAUAUUAAAAUAAUGGUCAUAUGAACCAAUAAGAAUGGGACAAAACAAGAGUCUUAUAGUGUAGUAAUUUCACAUACACCAAGAGAAUAGGGGAAAGAGAUGCACUUACAUUUUGUGGAGCUACAGUUAAGCUUCACUUUAUGCACCUGACCAGUAAAUUACCUGCUUGUGGAUCUGAAGUAUAUCUUUUGGUCCAAAUGUGGCUUCAAGUGAAAUAUAAACGAGAAGACCAAAAGAACAAUAUGAUGUAGUAUGUUCACUAGAAAAUCACUAUACAGAUAAGUAAAUAAAUGCACUUACAUUACAUGGAGCCUCAAAAUGGCUCCUAUUUGACAGCACAGAGUGGUGCAAUCCCCAUUCCUGGAGAUGAGAGUAGUUGUGUUCCUCUACAUGGGAAUUUGAAAUGAAAUAAAAUAUAUAUAGUGCCAAUCAUGUAGUCCCUCUACUUUCUAUGUAGGUCUGACGUUUCAAUCAUGAACCUUCAAAGCGAACACAACUGACACAUAUCUUUUUUUUUUUUAAACUCCAUUUUUUUGAUGAGGAGUGAGUGAUAGGCUGGGAGUAUCCUUUAAAUUCCUGCACUCCCACUUCAAGCGUAAAAAACACUUUCUAGGGCAAUUUGUAACCAUGGCUCGCGUACCAUGGGGUGGGUCUCCUGUCACUAUUCUGGCUUACACCUAUCAAGGAUUAAUUGACAAGUGUGGGAGAAGCUAUGUUUUUAAAGGGCAUUAUACUAUAAUCUAUUUGCAAGCAUUUCUGCCAACUUAGCAUAUAGGUACAAUUUAAACAUUUUAGUUAAGUUAAACAUAAGUUGUGCAUGUUGACUGGUACACUUUAAUUUUAUGCUCCAAGCAAGCAAUUCCUGGGCUUUGAUUAUGUUGAUUUUUUGGUUUAUUUUAGGUUAGUCAAAGCAAAGGCUAAUAAUUAUGCAUUUUUUUCAAAAGCUGCAGCUCCAUUUUCUGCUGUCUUUGCAAGCCCUCCCUUUCUAACCCUGCCCAGAGUAACUGUGGCUGUCCAAUCAUAGACCUAGUGCAGCUCAAUAAGAAGUCAGGUGCUCUGGGCAAUUCCUGCCUCUUGAAUUUAGCGCCUCUGAGCUAACCAAACCAGGAAAUAACAGGUUUUCUGCUUGAAAAGCCUGUGAAAAUAACAAGGUCAAUGUAUAACUUAAAGGGACACUAUAGUCACCUGAACAACUUUAGCUUAAUGAAGCAGUUUUGGUGUAUAGAACAUGCCCCUGCAGCCUCACUGCUCAAUCCUCUGCCAUUUAGGAGUUAAAUCCCUCUGUUUAUGAACCCUAGUCACACCUCGCUGCAUGUGACUUGCACAGCCUUCCAUAAACACUUCCUGUAAAGAGAGCCCUAUUUAGGCUUUCUUUAUUGCAAGUUCUGUUUAAUUAAGAUUUUCUUAUCCCCUGCUAUGUUAAUAGCUUGCUAGACCCUGCAAGAGCCUCCUGUAUGUGAUUAAAGUUCAAUUUAGAGAUUGAGAUACAAUUAUUUAAGGUAAAUUACAUCUGUUUGAAAGUGAAACCAGUUUUUUUUUAAUGCAGGCUCUGUCAAUCAUAGCCAGGGGAGGUGUGGCUAGGGCUACAUAAACAGAAACAAAGUGAAUUAACUCCUAAAUGACAGUGAAUUGAGCAGUAAAAUUGCAGGGGAAUGAUCUAUAAACUAAAACUGCGUUAUUUAGCUAAAGUAAUUUAGGUGACUAUAGUGUUCCUUUAAGUGCUUUAGACAUUCAUAGGGUCCCUUUAAAGCGGAGCCAUUGCUGCUUUUACUCGAGUGACUAGGGCAGUGUAGGUAAAUAAAAAAACAUAUUUUCUGAACUUUGGCCUUUCAACAGUUUCGCCACCCAAUGAUGCCUUGGAUGCGCUAAUGCAAACUCUGACAUCUAUCAGCGAUAUUCCAUGAUCUUUAACUAAGAAUUAUUCAGCUGCCAUCAAGUUGCGCUACACAUAGUAAAAUGUUUAAAACUAUAAGUUUAAAUGGACAUUAACCAUGCCAAAAUAAUGUAAGUGUUUUGUUUGUUUUUUUUAAAUUAAAGGCUAGGCAUAAAUUCAGGGUGGUGAACCCCCUAACACGAGCAAACUGUGUGCUACUGGUGACAUGCUUGAAAUCAAAAGGCUAUUGAAGAAAAAUUAAAAUACAGAAUUUUUAUUCAGUUCUGUUAUUAGUCUAGAAUAGUUUAGGAGCACAAAGGGACAGUUCUUGUACUCAAUCUGUUACAUGAAAGUAACAUGUGUCCAAAAACUAUCCAUAAAUCAUGUGUUCUACAGCAUGUGUCUAGAGUUUGCUAACCUCAAAUGGUUACACAUUUUUAAUGUAAACAUAAAGUAUUCUAAAAGGAAUGCCCCUGUCCCUAGUUAUUACAUGGUUCCGCCACCCCUGUUUGCAAUAAAAAUUAAGAAAAAUAAAGGUUUUACUUAAUUUUUUCAAUGCUGAGACUCCAUCUGCUCUGCCCACCUCUCCGUCCCUGGUGAUGUCAUGGAGGCCUUUGCUGUAGUGGUCCUCAGGGCCAGUGCACCCACACCUCUUACUUCAUUAAGAUUAAGUGGUCUGAGUGAUAAUAGUGUCCCUUGAAUGUAAAGUAUUUUUCAGAGCGUGUCAAUAAUUCCUUCCAAAGGUCAUUUUGUUUUUUGUAAAAAAACAACAUUUUUUUUUAAAAAGUAUUAACUACAAAAAUCAAGAGCUUUUUAUUAUUCUGUCCAACCCCAAACUUUGCUGAAUCCUGGAUGCAUUCAGAUGCUUGCUCUAUCUAUGUGUAAUGUAUAUUGAACUGUAACUGAAAGCAAUAAACAUAUUGAAUAUAGACACAGUAAUCUGAACUAAUGUACAAGAAUUGUGGUUGCAACAUUUUAAGUCGCUAGAGUGGAAGAGGUUUAUCAUCAGUUUAUGAAGUCGUACACCAGUUGGUGCGUUUACUAGUUCAUAUCUCCCAAUUCCAAUGCCCAAAGAGGGCCUUUUUCAUUUCAGGGGGUAUAAUUGGGGCAAGGUUAUUCCCAUGAUAUGUUCUACUGAUAACUAAAUAUUUUAUUAUAGCAAAAAAGAAAGAAUGAGAACUCUGAGAACGGACAAAUCUUAAAAUAAACUCAAAAGCUUGCCCUUCGUUACAUCCCCACUCAGGUCUCAAAUUAGUUUUUGCUCACUUGUGCCAUUACAGAGAGAACAUAUCUGAAGCAUAUCAGACUGGUCCCACCCGUACGGGCAGUCAAUAUCCGAAAUGCCAGCAAGUUCCCUCUGCACGAGAGAUACAGCAACCCCAGACGAUUGUUUCGGCCUUUUUUGGGCCUCGUCAGUGAGGUGUAGCUGAUAUCUCUCUAGUCCCAGUGAGCACAGGGUCCACGUCUGGAUUACCCUUUUCCUGUAUAUGAAGGGACUGUCCCUCUUACAUAGGGAUGUUUGGGAGGUAUGCUAGACACAUCCCUUUACUAUAUGAUUUGUAUGUAAUUUUCUUGGUCUGUAUUUUAAGUAAAUAAGCGUUCUCUUAUUUACAUUGUGCAGUCUGUUCUCGGCAGCCGGUUUGAUGCCUGUUUUGGAUCUCUGCGGUGGACAAUACAUUUAUUUAUAUUUUACCUUACGACUGGGUGCAAUUUCUUUGUGUAAUUUUUCUGGGUUGCAUGGGGGACGUCUAGAUAUUGCAUGCUUAGAGUUUUGAUAUCUUCUGCCAUGGGUCCAGUUUUCUAGAUCUCUAUAGAAAGUAAUUUUUUUCUAGCACAAAGCUGGGUUACUGAAUUUGGUGACUUUGUGAGAAUUUCUUUCUGUACUCUGGAGCUUUACAUUUCACACACUGGUAUGUUUGUUUUGAAACUAUAUGAGAUCUCUGGCUCGCUGUGGGUGCUGUAACCAUAGCUGAGAAGAUUUUUAUAGAAUUUUUACAGAUAUUGUUCAUUUUUGGAUACAUUUUGCAAUUCAUUAAAUAAACCCUUCAAUAGAUUCAAGCACCUACCUCACUAUUUUUAAAUCUCGUUAAGUAAAGCAUGGCUUUUUUUUCUUUUUUUUUGAAACCAGGUCUGAUUUUGGGGGGUUUAUUUCAUAUCAUGUUUAUUUGUGGGUUACUCUGGAAGUCACAAUACAGUUUAGUAAUAGAAUCUUUUGUUCCUUAGUAUAGGAGAGUAGCGGUACUCUCAAUCUGACAAAUAAAACACGUUAUCUGUGUACAGAGGCCUGGCCGAGUGGUCUCUUUAUUGUGCAGGGGAGAGGGGCUUUGUUUGCUCAGGUGCCUAUCUAUACCUGUUUUAAGGGCUAUGUAAACCUCGCUCAUUAAUGUGCUCCUGUCCCUUUAUGUACGAGCUGGUUCUCUGUGUCAGGGUCUCUGCAUGUUAAAUGGUCUUCUAAUUGCGAGAUGAUUGUUCCUUAGCUUCCCAUCCUAGCGGAAGAGUUUAAUAUGGCCUUGUAUGAGCCAUCCAUUAGUAGUGGAAGAGGACCUAUCUGUAAUGGGCUGGGGAUCCCCCAGGGAUCAUAUGAUCGGCUGGAAUAACAUCCGCCCCUUGGGAUCAACCCCCCCUUUCUGUGGUGUUCAAUGUUAGGCAAUCUGUGCUUUGUGUAAGACAGGAAUGCCAUUAUCGUCCUAGUCUUAGAUGCUGAAUUUUCUCAGCUACCAGGCUUUGUUUCUUUGAGACGGACGAUUUGCUUCGCUUCUUCGAGGAAUAAUUUUUAAAGGUAUCAAAACUCUUUCCAUUUAAAAAUCUUGGCUAUCGCCCAUUCAAGUAGGGGCACACGGUGACAGUCACAGACGUCGCGGACCCGCUGUGCCACUGUGCCACUGACAACUCUAAGAGUGCGGGCACUGAAUGCUGAGUCAGGGGUUCUGUCUGUUUUGUAAAUCCCAUGAUUUGCAAUUCUGCAGAUGCAUCCUGGUUUCAAAGGGUGUGCUAUUUUUCCUGUUUCAGUUCAGGAAUGUUAUUGAAAGCUAUGUGAAAGAAUGAUAAAAAAAAAAAAAAAAAGCUAUAGAAUAAUAGCGAUGCUUAUGUGACUGUCAUUACAAGAGAGAGAGAUCUACUGAGAAUGGUGUAGUGACUGCUAUGUGUGAGGUGUAGUAAGUGCAGGGGUAGCAGAGGUUGAUGAAGGAAGAAGAAUGGGGGUGGGGAGGGGGAUGAAUAAAAGAUUUUGGAUAAGGAUGAUGGGUUUGAAGUUACACCCUGCAAAGGAUAGCAGAUGGGGGAUCUCUGUGAGUAUCACGCAGCUGUCCCCUAACAUUGCACCUGUCUGUAGAAAUCUCACAUUAACAUUUUGUAUGUAGCUGCCUCACAGUGUAUAACAUUGUAGCUAUGCCUAUCAGUGUUGGAAUAAUGUGUUUCUGCAAUCGGUGCAUUUUUGUGCUAUUCUUGUUUUGCAAUGUCUGUGCAUCAGUGUUAUUAUACAUGUGUGUAUGAGGUAGAAAUGUGUGCCUUCCUCCUUCAGGAAAUGGCUUGCUUGCUAGUCUGAACAUUGCCUGCAGGGGGAGAACCAGAUAGACAGAGAAAGUGAGAGACAGACACACACACGCACACUGGCACUCAGACACACACAGACAGGCCAUACACAAAUCACACGCAGCACGGAUCUGACACACAACACAGCCUGCACCAUACAGCACCCUGACACACAGAGGUCUCCCAGAAUCACUGAGACUCCGGAGGCAGAAUCACACACAACUGUCAGGCACAGAUGUCACACACAGACCGUUCUGGCACACACAUUUGUAUCACACAGAGAUAGCUCUCUUACAUGCAUAUUCAACAUUGCAGUGCAUCCUCAACGCUCAUCAGAGACAGAUCUGCUAAACGCGACAUAUGUUGGUGAGUGCCUUGUUUGAAAAGGAUUUAUACGAGGAGGGGGGGCAGGGGAGACAAAUGAUGGCAUUUGGAAACAAUGCAGGGCCAGGCAGUGAAAGGGUUAAUGAAGCAAUGCUUUGUAAGUGAAACAGGGGGUGGCUUGAUAAUGCAAUGAUAAAUAGAAAUAUUGGGCACUGGGGUGGAGGUGAUUAAUGGAGCAAUGCACUGUAGUUCUCUGGUCUGUGAAGGGUUAAUUUAAGGCUGACAUGUCUAUGUGUGGGUCUGUCGGGCAGAGCAAGGUUAAUGGAGGGAUUUUCUGUAGGUGUCUGCCGUGGGAGAGAGGGUAAUGGAACAAUUGUCUCCAUGUAAAGUUUAGUAAUAGAUGUUCUGUGGAUCUGUUACUGGGUGGUGAGCCUCCUCCCCCCCAUAUUGUCCUGUAAAUAGCACAUACUUUCCCUGCUCCCAGUCUCACCCCCUAGACAUAGCCAGCAUUCCUGUAACUCUUCCCAGGCCUGAGAGACUGAGAGGCUGGACCGACACACACACUGAAUCACAAUCUGGGCUCUGUCACAGAAGCAUGCUGCGCGCUAUCAAACUUAGGAGACACAGUUGACAGUAAUGCUCGCACAGACAUACAAAAUGUAGCCCGUUGUCACAUACAAGGCACACGUAAACAGGCAUGUUCUUUGUAGAUCUGGCAGAAAUGUACAGUGUCUGUUAAAAUCUCCCUAUUUCUGGUGUAUUUGCAUUAGGAGGAGUGCGCCUUGUUAUUUAUUAAACAAAGAUGAGACUAAAAUGCAUCCUGGUGUCUGGAAUGACAUGAAUGUAUCCAGAUGUGCUUUUCUUGGUAAGAGAUGCGAUUCUAUUAGGUACAUAGUACAUAUCCAGCUGUCUGUGCGUAAGGUAGGAGUGGGUGGUUAGAAGUGAUGUCUGUAUGUUCCUGAUCUGAUAGGAGAAUGUUUGACGGGUAUGUGUCCUGGUAGGUGUGAAUUUGCAGGCGAAGGGUAAGUUCUAAGAACUGGAUAUAGUCGGCUAGGGGAAGAUAUAAGAAUAAUGUCUCUGUAUUAAAUUAAACCAGAUGAAACUACCAGGUUUAUUAGCUAAACAUUGAAAUGUAGUGGAUUGUAACAUUUAGUCUAAAUAGCUAGGCUGUACAUCUGAGUUGAAAAAAAUGUAAUCUGCAUGUUUUGCCUUAAUUUAGCAAUUUUAUUUCCGGUCUGCUAGAACUCACUAUGUAGUGAAUAAACCCCCAUUUUCCCAAAGACUGCCAGUUGCAGGAUGUGUCUGUGCUGGGGAGGACACAUAGUUUUACCAAUGUUUGAGAGAAUUUGUUUAGACAUGCAUUACAAUAAAUGGUUUAGCAGCAUCAUUGCCAUUUGUAAGUGCACAUUGCUAUGCAAACUGUAUAUCAGAUUAUCACUGUAGCCCAGUGCAGGUAAGUACAUGUCAGUGUUAUCGUUCUACCUGUGAGUUUCACACACAUGCGGUGGAUGACCACUGAAUCCUUAAAGGGACACUGUAGUCUCUUUGAAUUGGUUAUAGUGCCUGGAGUGGCCUGGCACUGUCCCUCCAUUCAGUGUUGCACCAUGUUUGUGCAGUAUGCCACAAAAUAAAAGUCCCUGGCCACCCACAGUCCGGCCCCUUCUGUAUGUGUAGCUAAGGUAGAGAUUACACACUUCCUUGUUGUCAUACCCAUUCAUACCGUCAGUUGGAGCUCUGACAGGUUAAAAGCAGUCAGCUGACACUCUCAGCCAAUCACAGCUGCCCAUUGCCUCUCAGGGUAAUACUUCCUUAUUAGCCAAAGCAGCACAGAGGGGAUAGACUGCCGUGGACUCUUGUUUAGCAUUAAAACAUUACAACAUUAAAAACUGUUUAAUGCUGAAGGAAAUGAUGGUACCAGGGGACUCCAUACACUAUAACCAGUUUAAUGAGAUGAAGCAGAUACAGUGCCUAUGGUGUCCCUUUAACUCAUCAGUGAUUGUAAACAUGCAGCACUUAAGAUGCUGUGGACUGCAAUGCCUGUCAUCCUUAGCUAGGAUCUGCAUGAUGCUAGUUGCAAGCUACAAUACUGUUUAAGAAAGUUCUGGGAAUACCCUCCAAUGUCCAGUACCCCUUGAAUAACUAAUAAUUUACUAUUAAUCCAACUAAACCUUGCUCUCUAAAUAUUGUUCCCAUGACCAACAAUCAUUAACUCAGAUAACCUGUUUGCUUAUCCCGGCCUGUAAUCCUACCCUUCAUAACCUAAAACCUAACAAACACCACAGUUGCUGACUGCAACUACCAUAAUUCUCAGCCAAAACACUGUGAAGGAGCUGGUCGGAGAGAUGUGUUGACUUGCGUGGCAUCUGUCACUGCAAGGAUAUGCCAUACAAGUACUUGUACUGCAGUGGGAGAGCAUGGCUUCCCCUGUGACCUAUUUGAGACACAAGAUGUUACUUUGGAAUGUGCCAUCAUAUUCUGAUGUUUGGAAAGGAUCUCACAAUGAAUGAUUUCUGUGCAUUAACUUUAGAUGGGAGGUAUGUGUUCAUAUAUUAUAGAAAGGGAAUAUGCUGGGAGUGCAAACUAUGUGCCUUGUGUUUAUAUUGAGUAGUUGGGAGGACGAUUCUAUGUAUGCUGGUUUUUGUCUUGUUUUAAUCUUUACUCGGAGUAGGUGCUAUAUAUCUGUUUCAUUAUAUACGUGUUGGAAUGAUGGGGAAGAUGUGUUCCCUGUAUGUGUAUCUGGCUUUAGAGUUAUAACUUCUAUUAGUGUAUAAAUGGUGACAUUAUAGUGUCCCAUUUCUUUGUUUUAGGAGCAUAGGAGACGUUUGCGUUUUGCCAUCUGUGUAUUACAAGUAAAGGACAGGUAUUGAUCGCUAUGCAUGUCUAUUAGGAUGAUAACACCAUAUGUGACUUUGGAGAGUUCAGUGAGGUUGGUGUAUUAGGUGGUAGUGAUGGGUAUGUGGCACACGAUUUGAGCUUUUUUUUAAGGUGCCCAUCAGAUUACUAAAACCCUAAGCUGCUUUCUGUGCAGCACUGUGUACAGAAAUCCAAGUAAUUGAAGCAACUAGUUGUGUAAUUCUUUUUAAAAAAUAUCAAAAUGAAAAGGUGGAGAGUCAUUGUAGCGAUGUUAUAGAUUUAAUUAUAGAGCUGUUGGGAGACGGUGACUAUAGAUUCUGAGUAUUAGGAGAAUGGGAUAAAUGUGUGUGUUUUGGUGUCUGUGUAUUACAGAAUAGGGCGAGGUAUCUGUUUUAAUGUCUUGUAAAACAGAAAACUAGUUUUUCCUAAUUUCUGCCUGUUACGAGGAUAUGAGACACGUGUCUUUAUGUCUUUUAAAAACAAGAGACAGGUACUUACCUUUGACGUCUUUGUGUUAGGAUUGAUAGGUAUGUGUCCUGAUGCCUGUGAAUCAGGACCAGGAGAGAAUUUUAACGAUGUCUCUAUUGGGUAUCUUACCUGGUGCUAAUAUGUAAGCAUGCCAACUCACUGGCCAUGGAUCAAUCUGGUCCUGGGGCCAUUCUCUCUGGGGUUUUUUAACUGUUGUCUUAAAAAAAAUAAAAAAAAUGCAAUGCCCAUUGUUAUUGUCGUUCUGCCCAUUAGGAGCACAUUGUGUCCCUACCACAGCACAUUUCUGUCUUAUCUUAGUUUCAUACCAGCCAUUGUUGGUUAGUAUAAAUAUCAAUGUAUCCUAAAAGUUAUAUACUCCUAUGCUUGUUCUAACAGGGAAGGAAUACUUGUGUUUCUAAAGGAUUUAUCUUCCAAAAAAGUAUGGCUACAGAUUACCUGCACUAGACCUGUUUUAGUACACCUGGUAAUUGGUUUUUGCUUACAGUUAAAAAAAAACAUCUGUUUGCCCCUGAAAAAAAACAAACAAAAAAAAAAUAUAUAUUUUAAUGAGGGUGCAGACUGAUUAGCAGGAGAUGUUUGACGAAUAUUGACUGAAGUUCUCCAUUUCACCAGGGGCAACAAGUUGCUGAGCGUCCCACCAUGAGUUAGCCCAGUUAGUACUCCUGUAUCUUAUUGUCUCUGUAUUAGAUGUUAAACCCCUUAAGGACCAAACUUCUGGAAUAAAAGGGAAUCAUGACAUGUCACACGUCAUGUGUCCUUAAGGGGUUAAAUAAAUAUCCUAAAGUUUUCCUAUUGAGACAAAUGUAAAUACAUUGUAAUGCGAGCUUUAAGUGGGCAAUGUUGAUUAAAUUCCGUCAAAAUAAGGGUUAAUUCAAAGUAGUGAUAGUCUGAAGGUCUCUGGCAGGGGAGUUGUCGUAUUCACACCCAUGUGUGAUUCAGAGGCAGGACGUAGAGGUGGAAGGGUUAUUCCCUGGUCCAGACCCUUAAUGUCUUCCUUCCUCGCUGAAUGGAAAGGAAAUUCGUAGUAAAGAACAGCUGACGAGGCAAAGCUGCAAUGGACAGGAAUUAAAUAAAGAUGGAAUUGGUGGGGAUCUGCUGAGCUUUCUGGGAGGCUGUCAACUUGAACAUGAUGAACAGAGUGAUUACUAUGUUGCUACUUGUUUGCUGUCGUGAAGGGAAUCUUAAUGAACAUAAAUAGGAAUGGAUGGAGCAGUAAGGGGGUGCUAGGGCUCACACUGCGAAAACUAGGUGAAACUGGAGGCAAGUUAAGAUGCUGCAGAGCAUCUCGGAGGACAAGGAUAUUUUGGCGUUGUCUAGCGUCCUUAUAUAGAGAGCGCGAUGGACAAAUAAUGACUGGGAGCAGGAUGGCAUAGUGUGCUUAUAUAGAGAAUGAGAAGGACAAAUAAUGACUAGGAGCAGGAUGGUAUAGUGUCCUUAUAUAAAGAGCGAGAAGGACAAAUAAUGACUAGGAGCAGGAUGGCAUAGUGUGGUUAUAGAGAGAGUGAGAAGGACAAAUAAUGAGUGGGAGCAGGAUGGCAUAGCGUCCUUAUAUAGAGAGCGCGAUGGACAAAUAAUGAGUGGGAGCAGGAUGGCAUAGUGUUCUUAUAUAGAGAGCGCGAUGGACAAAUAAUGACUGGGAGCAGGAUGGCAUAGUGUGCUUAUAUAGAGUGAGAAGGACAAAUAAUGACUGGGAGCAGGAUGGCAUAGUGUCCUUAUAUAGAGAGCGCGAUGGACAAAUAAUGACUGGGAGCAGGAUGGCAUAGUGUGCUUAUAUAGAGAGUGAGAAGGACAAAUAAUGACUAGGAGCAGGAUGGCAUAGUGUGCUUAUACAGAGAGCGUGAUGGACAAAUAAUGACUGGGAUCAGGAUGGCAUAGUGUGCUUAUAUAGAGAGCGUGAUGAACAAAUAAUGACUGGGAGUAGGAUGGCAUAGUGUGCUUAUAUAGAGCGCACGAUGGACAAAUGAUGAGCGGGAGCAGGAUGGCAUAGUGUGCUUAUAUAGAGAGCGCGAUGGACAAAUAAUGAGUGUGAGCAGGAUGGCAUAGUGUGCUUAUAUAGAGAGCGUGAUGAACAAAUAAUGACUAUGCAGGAUGGCAUAGUGUCCUUAUAUAGAGAGCGCGAUGGACAAAUAAUGACUGGGAGCAGGAUGGCAUAGUGUGCUUAUAUAGAGAGUGAGAAGGACAAAUAAUGACUAGGAGCAGGAUGGCAUAGUGUGCUUAUAUAGAGAGCGAUGGACAAAUAAUGACUGGGAGCAGGAUGGCAUAGUGUGCUUAUAUAGAGAGUGAGAAGGACAAAUAAUGACUGGGAGCAGGAUGGCAUAGUGUGCUUAUACAGAGAGCGAUGGACAAAUAAUGACUGGGAUCAGGAUGGCAUAGUGUGCUUAUAUAGAGAGCGAUGGACAAAUAAUGAGUGGGAGCAGGAUGGCAUAGUGUGCUUAUAUAGAGAGCGCGAUGAACAAAUAAUGACUGGGAGUAGGAUGGCAUAGUGUGCUUAUAUAGAGCACACGAUGGACAAAUAAUGAGUGUGAGCAGGAUGGCAUAGUGUCAUUAUAUAGAGAGUGAGAAGGACAAAUAAUGAGUGGGAGCAGGAUGGCAUAGUGUGCUUAUAUAGAGAGCGAUGGACAAAUAAUGAGUGGGAGCAGGAUGCCGGAGCUGUGCUGGAGUUGUGUGUAGAGAAUACUGGCACUGUUGUAUUACGCUGUAUUUUUGUUCUGAAUACAUUGCACAGCUAGUGAGAGGGAGUCUGGUACAUCUUUCUCUUAUACCUUUCGAGAUGAAGAGAUUGGCCAGAACUUUGUUUGAGGGGGUUGUUGGCUCCUCCAUUUAUACAUAUUGUAUAAUGUCAGUUUUAGCAGUGUGCGAGGUAGGCGUCAUGCUCCUCACGAUGUAUGUGUUUCGCGAUAUAGCUGAGUCAAUGGGCUCUUGGCACAUUUGCAGUCAGUGCUGUUCAGGCCGCUGCCAAUUGGAAGGCACACUGGCCACAUGCUCCCCAUAAUGUACAGUGGUCCCCAGCUUUCAGCGGUUCCGAGCUUAAAAUCUGAUUUACCAUGUAUAUACUUCCCAUGCAGAAAGGCUGUUUAUCGUUCUUAAAUUGCAACUUUGGUUGCCACCUCAAUACAAAAUCAUUAGCCACUUGCUGCUUAGUACUGCGAUGUAGUCAUUGAAGCUACUAUUUAGUAUUUUCUCUAAAAUGUGAACAUUAUAAAGGUUAGUGUCAUUGCAGCAACUUUAUAAUGCUGAUUAAAAAGUAGUGCAAGUUAUAAUUAGAGAUUAGGAAUUUUGCUUAAUUCUACACCCCCUAGCCUAAAUCUAAACUCCCCCAACCAGAGCCUUAAUGACAUCAAUUUAAACUGCUUUUAAUGGAUCUAUAAAGAUGCUGUUCUCAUCUUAAUGCAUUGCUAUUACAGCGUCACUCAAGUUUAAUCAGCUUUCAAAUGUUUCUGGCAGCAAGCAGAAUGUGAAACGCACUGGUGUUUUAAGUGCAUAGCCUAUUUUUCGAAAUCAGUUGCCUAAAAAUAAAAAAGUUGUAUGUAGUUAUGGACCAUUAAGUAAUUGGCAGAUGUCAUCAUAAAUGUGCAUUACAAACUGUAGUUUCCAUGUAAUGAUAUGGCAUGGAUUUUUGUAGCAGUUGUUAACGCGUUUCCAUUCUUGUCAGUGAAAAGCAACUGUAAAGCACUGUAAAUGCCAACGGCUGUUAGAUGUUUUGCGGCAAAAAGAAUAUGGACCAGUAUGCAUGGUCAUUACUUGUGUUUAAAGGGACACUAUAGUCAUCAAAACAACUUUUGCUUAAUAAAGCAGUUUUUUUGUGUACAGUAUAGAUCAUGCCUCUGAAGUCUCACUGCUCACUUCUCUGCAAUUUAGGAGUUAAAUCACUUUUUUUUCUGUCCAUGCCGCCCUCGCCAAAUCACCCCUGGUUGUGACUUACUCAGCCUGCCUGAAAACAAAAAUUGGUUUCGUUUUCAAUCAGAUGUAACUUACUUUAAAAGUUUUUAUCUCCUGCUUUGUAAAUUGAACUUUAAUUACACACAUGGGGCUCCUGCAGGGAUAAAAAAGUCUAAAUUAAAUAGAAUUUGCAAUAAAGGAAGUGUAAACAUUAGAUGACUUUUUACAGGAAUUGUUUAGGAAGGCUGUGCAAGUCACAUGCAGGGAGGUGUGGCUAGGGUUGCAUAAACAAAGUGAUUUAACUCCUAAAGGAAGAAUUGAGCAGUGAGGCUGCAGGGGCAUGAUCUUUACACCAAAACUGCUUCUUUAAGCUAAUGUUGUUUGGGUGACUAUAGUGUCCCUUUAAUGUCUGCACAAUACUUAUAUCCAUCUCCACUGUUACUGACUACCAAUUACUGCAAGAGUAGACAACCUUCGACACUCCGGAUGUGGAGAUGUGGACUACAACAUUUACGUUUUUUUUAUAUAUAUAUAUACCUCCUGAAGAAGAUAAAAUGUCCCAUAUAUUGUCAUAGCAUCUCCACCAGGACACAAUAAAAGACAACCUACAGUUGUCUGUGCAAGUUGCCCUUCUUGUUUCCAUACACCUGACUUACCAAACUUUUAAAUUGUAUUUAUUGUAAUUUAUGUACACCAUGCUCAUAUGUAGCGUUUAGUGUUCAAUUAUACUUAAAUAUGAAAUAAAUAUAUAUAUAUAUAUUUUUAAUGCAUGCUGUAUUGAAAGCACAUGUAUUAACUUUUCCUUUCCACUUUACACCUAGGUGAGGUAGCUAGAAACCAGACAUUAGUUAGCAUUUGGUGUCUCCUGUUGUUCUCUGUGGGAGUUAAAUGACCACUAUAGUGCCAGAAAAACAUACUCGUGGCGCUGAGGGUUGAGGAAGGGGUUAAACUUACCUCUUUCUCCAGCGCCGGGUGGGGAGCUCUCAUCCUCCUCUCCGCCUCCUCUCCUCCUCUUCGGCUGAAUGCGCAUGCGCGGCAGGAGCCGCGCGUGCAUUCAGCCAUUCCAUAGGAAAGCAUUCACAAUUCUUUCCCAUGGACGCUGGCGUCUUCUCACUGUGAUUUUCACAGUGAGAAGCGCAGAAACCCACAAGCGGCUGUCAAUGAGACAGCCACUAGAGGCUGGAUUAACCCAUUUAUAAACAUAGCUAGUUGGACCAGGCACCCAGACCAAUUCAUUAAGCUGAAGUGGUCUGGGUGCCUAUAGUGGUCCUUUAAAACUUUUAGCUGCCACUAAUUACCUGUCACUAAACCUUUGUGACAGGUUAACAACUGGUCAUCAUUAACGACAGCGACAGGCAUUACUGACUUGUUACUAAAUGCUUGCGACAACCAUAAAAGCAAGCACAUUUUGGGAUUUUUGGAGGGUCCACUGAUAUUCAGCUAAAUAGACAAAUGGGGUGUUGGAAUAUUCUAUUCAUAACAUAUUAGGAUUGUUUUCUUUAGAAACAAAUUAUCUAUAAAAGGGAAAUGAUUAUUUAAAUGGAUUUUAUAAGUUUAAAUAAAUUUAUACGAAUCCGUUUAUAUAAAUGGAUUUCAUGCCAGUAAUCUCUAACAAGAAUAUUUACUAAAACUGGAACUGCAGGAAUGACCAGAGGGUUGCAAAUGUCAAGCCUAAUUAGCUGAAUUGAAAAAUAAUUUAUAUUUCACUCAGACAUUCCUCCUUUCAAGGCCAAUAAAAUGAGUAUCAGUAUUUUAGACAAUAAUGGCCACAAGACCCAAGAAUGAAAUUGUAUCUUUCUUGCAUAAAUACUAUUUUUGACCUGUUUGCAUGCACACCUAACAGCUCUGUGAAUUAAAUACAAAUAUAUUGUGUUCUAUAUAUUUACAGUGAAUUCUAGGGCUAUGGUGCUUUGAGUAUCUCUUGAGGUAUCAACAAAGCUGCAAGGAGGAGAAGAGAGAGACACUCAUAACUUGGAUGGAUUUUAGACAGUAAUGCAGGAAGUAAAUUUCCUCCUUUUCCAGCAGGGGCCAGGGGCUGGAUUAUAACUGCAGUGAUUUUUGGAAAUCCUUUCAGUUAUAAGCCUCUUACUAUUUGAACUGUAAGCUUCAUGAUGAUGGAAAGUUGUUGUGAUACUUAAAGUGACUCUGUGAAACCAGAGGAAAAUGAGAUACCGGGAGAUGUAUAAAUGUGUUUCUGUAAGAAAAGUGAUUUCAUUAGUAUCUGUGUGUAACAUUCUUGCUGUCACAAUGACAGCUGGACCAGAAAUAAAACUUGAUGCAAUUAUAAUUUAAGAAUUCUAUCAUAAACAAUGUAUAAAAAUAGUUUCAGUAGACGGUGACGUCUGUAAAACAGUUCCACAUGUUCAGGUCCAGAACCUGCCACGUCCUCAGGAUUCAGAACUCUUUCUUGUACCACUCCAGGAAGUCUGCAAUAUGCAUCAACCAGCCGUCUGACAUUUUAGUUAUCCUCAUACAUAGAUUUUUGUUGGUCUCUGACCAUGAUUUGAAUUCCAUCUGUAUUCUGAUUGGUUGAAUAAAACAAGCAACCAAUCACAGUAUUUUUUUAAUUUAGUUUUAAUUUAUUUAUUUUCUUUUGUCCACCCAGCAGCUCUUAUAUUCCUAAAAAGCUGCUUCUUGGAAAAGGCAUAUAUGCACACACAAAUGACUAGCGUUCCUUCCAGUUAACCCUUCCUCAGGGCUGCCCAUGCUUUAACUUUGCUCAGUAAAAAGGAACACACUAAUUAAAAAAAAAAUUAAUGUGUUCUUUUAUGAGUUUAAAUUACUGAGCCACCAUUAAAUUACCAUUGAGCUUUCUUGGUGGGACUUGAGUUCUUGGUGAGACUCCUCUCUGAAACUCGAUCCUCCUACUGUGAGAUCGUUAAGAUUUAGGAUUGAUGUCCAAUGAAAUGCUUCUCAUAGAGAUUGUCACGAUUCACCAAUCCACUGCUUCUCUAUGAGAACUAUUGAACCCUAUACGUAUCAAAGAGAAGCAGUGGAUCCACACCUAUGGUAUGGCCUCAGCAUACUUUGAAUUUUAAUGGCGGAUGUAAAAUAGAUUCAGUCACUGAAUAGAUUUUGACCUGAACUUGUCAGUGGCUUGAUCAGUUUCUCAGAAAUAGCACUGCAAUGUUUUCAUUGCAGGGUAAAAUACACCUGUAGUGGCUGGUUUCCUGAAACCCACUAGAGGGGCUUACCCUGAGAGAACCAAUUAAGGCUUAGUUCGCAUUUAAAUGUCGGUCAAUGCGAGCAUUUGAUUAGCACAGCUUAUUGCUUUUUCCUGCAUGCACGCUAACACCCCAAUGUUUCCUUAUGGGGAAGCAUUGGAUUGGCUGAGAUCAUCAAUCAUAAUGAUCUCAGAUAGGGAGACUGGGUGGCAGAACGGUGGGCUUAGUGAUUAGUAAAAUAAAUUUUUAAAUUACAUGGGAAGGGUGGAGGUCACUUAAUCAAUUUUUAGCACUCACCUUGAAGCUUAAAGGAACACUAUAGCAUUAGGAAUAUGUUUGUAUUCCUAACGCUAUAGUGUUCCUUUAAGCUUCAUGUUCUACACUCCUACCCAGUCCUUAAAAGUUACUUACCACUUUAAGUUUGAAGAGUCCAUGGCAUAUUUACCAGUGGUCAGUUUCUACUCACAUGGGCUAAAUUUUCACUUGCCAAUGGUUAGUGAACAGUGGAUAUUCUAAGCCGUGAUGUGCUUGCACUGACAUCUAUGAAGAUGUAUCUCAAGGAGUGAAAACACCAGAAAACCAAUCCAUCAUGAUGGAAUAUGGUCCCAAAAUUGGUACUGUCUAGGCAACUUCAAAACGGUUAAGAGGUAUUUGUUUGAUAUAAUCCAGUAGCUAACAACGAGUAGUGCUAUUUUUAGUGUUUUAUUUCUAUUUUAAAUCAUAUGCCAGGCUGUCAAGGCACAGCUGGCAUACCAUGCAAAUUACCAUGCAUGAGUGUUGUGAAGACACAUUAUCGUUUACCGCACCAUGGAAGGAAUGGUUCAUGUAGUUUUAUAAGGGGUUUAUAGAAACAAUCAAGUCAAAGUGUUUUUGUGAAUCUGCUUUAUAUUCAUUAGUUUCCCAGAAAUAUUUUUUUAGCUUUUCGAAGACAAAUGGUGCAUAGCAUCUGGCUGCUUUCCAUUGUAUGAUAUACUAGCUGCCUUACAAGCUUCUGUGCAAUAGGCCUGGGCAUUUCUUGGACAUGUUCUUCUCAAACUAGUGGUUGUUGGUUCACAAGUGCUCCCUUUGUGCGCAACAUUCACGCUUGAGUUAUUUACUGACUUUCUGAUGAUGUCACAAGUUCAUUCUCAGUGACACAAGACUCUGCAUAGUAAGUGCUUUAACUGUGAUUAUAUGAAACCGUGUAAUUAAGUAGAUCAUAAUUUAAUAAUAAAUAAUAAUAAAGGGAUUUACUGCCUUUCUGACUAAUCCCAAUUUGGCAUAACUACAGAAUAUUAAAUUAAAAGAAAACUCUGGGCUCAUUGUGUCCCUAACUUAACCCAAGAUUAUAGUCGAAUAUGGCUAUCAUGUUAUCAAGAAAACUAAUAAAACACACAGAGUACCAUUCUCAGAGUCCUUAUCAUCUUUUAAAGUAAAGUUAUAGUAAGUUACAGUAUGCCUUAUGUUUACAACAUCACAAUUGUAUUCUGUAACAUUCAGGAUGCUAUCUAGGGGACUCUAUGGGCUUAGGUUCAUUCCCACAUCAUAGAAACAUAGAAUGUGACGGCAGAUAAGAACCAUUUGGGCCAUCUCGUCUACCCAUUCAUUUCUAAAUACUUUCAUUAGUCCCUUGCCUUAUCUUAUAGCUAGGAUAGCCUUAUGCCUAUCCCACGCAUGCUUAAACUCCUUUACUGUGUUAACAUCUACCACUUCAGCUGGAAGGCUAUUCCAUGCAUCCACUAGCCUCUCAGUAAAGUAAUACUUCCUGAUAUUAUUUUUAAACCUUUGCCCCUCUAAUGUAAGACUAUGUCCUCUUGUUGUGGUAGUUUUUCUUCUUUUAAAUAUAGCCUCUUCCUUUACUGUGUUGAUUCCCUUUAUGUAUUUAAAUGUUUCUAUCAUAACCCCCCUGUCUCGUCUUUCCUCCAAGCUGUACAUGUUAAGAUCCUUUAACCUUUCCUGGUAUGUUUUUAAAAAAAAAAAUUCUUUAUUUAACAUUUGGCAAUGACAUAACAAGCAAACUGCCGCACAUAUAUUCCCCAUUUUCCUGCUGAUUACAUUGCUAAUGAAAAAAGAAAAACAGAAAAAACCCCAAGGCCCGGGCCCCGACCACAGUCCCCCAGCUCCCGCUCCUCGAGCCCAGUCCCAUGGUCGUGCACUUUGCUCAGAGUUUUGGCUUGUAUGUGUGUCCCCUCAGCUCUUUAGCAGUCCCUUCCCAUGUCAACACCACAUUACUCAGAAGUCCAACUUAACAGUAAUAAACCAGAAAGAAUGAAAUUGACCCCAUCCUCCUCCUAAAUCCAUCACCUAGUCACCCCAGGCCUCUGAACCCCCAUUCCAUCCCUACCCCCAUCGACCCCCCCGAGGAGGAACGCUAUUCCUUGGGCCAAGUUCCGUCCUCUGUCCUGUCGACCUCCCUAUAACAGCCCGGCAGAUGAAGAUAAGAACUCCACUAUUCACCUACCAACCGGUCGUCUUGCUUUUUGGAGUAAAUGACUGUGUAGUUUGCUAUGUCCCUCCCCAAGUCCCCAAUUUGGGCACACCAGAACCUUUUGCCUACACUAUCUAUAGUGGGCCUAUGGUGACUAACCUAAUCUUCCGAUGGAAACCAGAAUCGCAAGAGAGAGGAGUAGGAUCGCAAAGAAACAGAGAAGAAAAAGAGAAGGAAGAAAAGAGGGGAGGCGGGGGAGCUCUCCCAUGGCUCCCAGACCCUCUGAAAGGCCGGUAGGGUGUCUCGUAUUCGAGCUGUCAAGUCGUCCAUAAGAUGCACUUCCCGAAUUCUAUACAGCACUCCACCAAUCGUUGGGGCCGUCUGUUUCAACCAAUUUGCCGCAAUGGCUCUCCUUGAUGCCAGGGUAAUUUUAUGCAGGAGUUUCUGUUCCCUACGGGUCCACUCUUCUAUCGUCCUGCUCAGUAGGUAGACCCACGGGUCUAAUUCCGGGGCCCUGGAAAAAACCUGAGUGAUCACCUCCCUAACUUGCUUCCAAAAUGUACGUAUCUCUGGGCAUUCCCACCACAUAUGCUUAUAGGUACCCUUGGCCCCGCACCCCCUCCAGCACAGGUCCGUGGGGGUCUUCCUCAUGUGGUACAGUUGAACAGGGGUGGUAUACCACCGAAGCAUCGUUUUUACCGACUGUUCCUGCAUGGUAACACAAACCGAAGAGGAAUGAUUGGCCUCCCAUAUUUCCUGCCACUCCACCCCCUCCAGUUGUUCCCCUAGAUCCCUUUCCCAUUGCGUUAUGUAUGUGCGGUGUCCCACUCUUUAGUCUCGGUACAAAGAUGCUUAUAAAGGAGCGUGAUCAAGCCCUUAGGCAUACGUUCCUGGAGGCAUAUGCCCUCAAAGAAUGUCAUUUUCUGUUGCGCUGCUGCUUGAAUGUGUGGGUGUAUUGCGUAAUCUUUGAUCUGUAGAUAGCGGAAAAAAUCCGCUGGGGUAAGAUGGCCUAAUUGUCUCAGGGACUCAAACGAAAUAAACUCCCCACCCUUAAAGAGGUGGCAAAUGCGCUGGAGCCCUACUCUCUCUAAGUUACGGUAGUUCCUGGCCGCCAUGCCCGGGAGAAAUUCUUUGUUACGCAAAAAUGGCAUGAGAGGGGAAGGAGUCGAGGCCAAGCCGUACACAGAAGCCGCACUAUCCCACAACCGCAUGGAGUUAAGAAUAGCCGGGCACGUGACUCCAAUUUGGGGUCUGUGUGCCUUAGGCACCCACAUGAGUAACUGUGGAAGGUCCGCCCCCACCAUAAGAGACUCCAAGUCCACCCAUUUUCUCUCUCCUGGGGGUGAGUGCCACAUAGCGACCUGAGCUAAUUGGCUCGCCAGAUAUUAGGCAUGUAAGCUGGGAAGGCCCAAACCCCCCCUGUCUUUUGUCCUAUAUAGAAUGUAUCUCGAUAUCCUGUGCCAUUUUGAAUUCCAUAUAAAGGUCCCAAUUGCUCUUUGCAGUGGGAGUAAUUGCGUCUUAGACACACGGAGGGGCAGGGUCUGAAAAAGAAAUAGGAGCCUGGGCAAAAGGUUCAUUUUGACCUCAUGGAUUCGUCCCAUCCAUGAGAUCGGUCUAUCUGACCACGUCUCUAGCUCCUUUAUGAGCUUCUUAAAUAGUGGUGUGUAGUUUUGACUGUAUAGCUGCUCUGGGUUCGCCGUCAGGCGUAUCCCCAGAUACUUAAACGAUUGGUGCACUACAUUUAUGCCAUAGGUAUUGCGUAUGGCGUCUGCCUCACCCCCACUGAUGUUAAUCGGCAAAGCACUUGAUUUCACCAUAUUUGCACCAUAGCCCGCUAUCUUAAUAGUAAAUAAGAGAGAUGAGACAGCGCUAAAUAACUUAUUGCAGCAACCUUAAAAAGGGAAUCCCUCAAACCCUAUAAAACAAGAUAAUAAAUAAGAUUUAUUGUCUUUAUUUUAUAGCCCGCUAUCUGUCCAUACUCCCGCAGUACAGUAUGAAGGGCCCCCAGUAAGCCCAUGGGGCUGGUGACCGUCAGGAGCACGUCAUCCGCAUAGGCCGAAACCAGGAACUCCCGUCCUCCCGCUUUAACCCCCUGAAUAUCUGGAUGUCGUCGCAACGCCUGGAGCAAGGGCUCCAGCGACAGCACGAACAGUAAAGGGGAGAGAGGGCAACCCUGCCUUGUCCCAUUAUGAAGCUUAAACGGGCGUAGCGGGGCGCCCGUUAUUUUGACCUGGGCAGAUAUGUUCGCGUACAUAGCUUUUAUUAGCGUUAGUGAUUGCUCAGGGAAUCCUAGGUGGGACAGGAGCGUAAACAGAUAUGGCCACUGGACCCUAUCGAAUGCUUUUUCAGCAUCGAGGGAGAGUAAUAGAGUCGGGGUCUUAGUAGUCACCUGUUUCCAGAUAAGGUCAAUAUUUCUGCGAGUAUUCUCAAAAAGUUGCCUUCCUGGAAUAAAACCGACCUGGUCAGCGUCGACUAGUUCAGUCAGGUAUGGGUUAAGUCUCGUCGCCUGUAUUUUCGCUAGUAUCUUCAUGUCGUGAUUAAUAAGGGAUAUGGGGCGGUAACUCUCAGGGAGAAGUGGGUCUUUAUCGGGUUUAGGUAAUAAGAUGAUGGUAGCUAAGGACAUAUCCUGGUUAGGCGUCCCCCCGUCCCUAAAGGUAUUAAAUAGGGUCGUCAGUUGGGGCGUCAGCUCCUCACGGAACGUCUUAUAAUAGGCCCCGUCGUACCCAUCUGGUCCGGGAGCCUUAUUCCCCUUCAAUUCCGAGAUCCAAUCCCGGUCCACCUCCUCCGGCAAGAUUUCCCCUGCCAGCCUGGAGCGCGCCUCUUGCGAAAGUUUGGGGAGCUCCAGCCCGGAGAGGAAUCUAUUUGUGUGUUCUAUAUCUGUCGCUACCUGUGGGGGCGUUCUUGGGGAAUGGUUAUAGAGGGACUUGUAAAAGUCAGUGAAUACCUCUGCGACCUCGACCGGCAAGGUCUUGACGGAGCCGUCAGGAUGUCUGAUAGAGGUGAUAUGGCCACGUCUCGGACGUGGCCUAAGCACCCUUGCCAAGAGUGUCCUGGUAUGUUUUAUCCUGCAAUCCAUGAACCAGUUUAGUAGCCCUUCUCUAAAGUAUCAAUAUCCUUCUGAAGAUACGGUCUCCAGUACUGCGUACAAUACUCCAAGUGACGUCUCACCAGUGUUCUGUACCUCGAUUGUAUUCUAUAGAUAAUGUAUCACAAAUUUCUAAAAAACAAAAACAAAACAAUGCUAUGUUUGCUGUUAUUCCCCAGCAUUUGCAGUCUCUGUAGUGAGCUCUAUCCAGAGCAGGAAGUACUUCCAGACAGUCUUGGCACUCAUCUUCAGUGGGAGAUAAAUACUUACUCAGAUUUUGAUUUGAUAAUAUUGCACAAGUGGCAGCAGAUUAAGUCAGGAAACAGGUCAUGAAUAAGUGCCAAAAUAAAGUGAUGUUCCAAGUUUGACAAAAGACCCGGUCGGGUCAAAACAUUGCUGUGUGUUUGCUCCGAUGAAGCUGCUGUUCUGUUAUCUACUUGAGUGCCUUAACCAUCACUUUAUUUUUCACAUUCCAUGUGGGGUCUGGCCUGCCCCCGAUUUGGUGCACCGUGGUAGCCUGGUGAGUGCGGUUUCCUCCAAUUUACUAUCAUGAAUAAGUGCCAAAACCAGUAUUCAAUUAUCUUUAUUGUUGCCAAGUGUGGCUACUGUUACUAUCCGUUCACUUAUGGCUUCAUUUCACGUUUGCCCCCUAUUGUUAGAAACAACACAAAAACAGGAACGCUCCUUCCUUAACAAGCUAACUGGUCCACGCCUACCUCAGUAUGCUCUAGUUAGACGCCAACUUGUUGUUCUGUCAUUGAGCUCAUAUGGUAUCAAUGUUACAAUGUAUACUGGGGGCUCAUGCAAAAUACCCCAUACGCCUGCAUUCCUCUGUUAGCUUUCUUGGUUCGAACCUUCAUCUCCAUUGCUCUGGCAUCAUCAUUGAGUAUGGCAGACAUGGUUUAUAGAAAAGAGUUGAAGACCUACAUAUCGGAGGCUGAUUACUGAAGGAUGUUCUGAAAAUGGGCUUGAAAUUUAAAUUAACAUCUGAAGAUCCCUAGGAGGAAGUAUCUGUGAAUCUUUUAAGCAGACAUGAUAGGGGACUGGUCAGUGAGUGAUAGGGUUUAAUACAUAAUUAUUACAUAACACCAUGACGAAGUCAAAAUGGAUGGUCCUGAAACUAUACCAUGUAUUAUCCAAUUGUAACCAUUUUUAUGUGAACACCGUGAAUUGUACUGUUCUCAACAGACUUAUAUGAAACAAUAUCGAAGAAAAGAUCUAAAGCACUUCUGAUAGGCAGUGGCAAAAGGGGACAUCAGUCAGAAAAUGAACUGCUGAAUCGAAUUGCGUCCAUGUUUUGGUUCGGUUUCAUUUUUACCUUUCUCAAUGUAUUUAAUGUAGGUAACUGAAAUGACUAGAUCCAGUGUAAUAUUGUCGACUAACAAUUUUAGUCAACUAAAAUAUUUGAGAUUUUGUCGACUAAAACUAGACUAUUGGGCGACUUGUGUUUAUACUUUUUUUCACUACUUAGUUAUGACAUGUAUACUUUUUGACUACUUAGUAAUGACAUGAUGAUUUUGGCUGUUUUUUGACCGAGACUACAGCCUGCUGGAUAUCCCCUAUUGAGAGAUCUUCUAUUUUUGCGGUCUCUCUAUAUACUAUAGGGAUAUAAGCUUGUGUGGUGACAGAGCCCUUUUUUCUAUACUGGACCCUGUCUAGACAGCAUUUUCUUCAAUCUAUUUGUUUCUUCUACCUCUUAUCUCCCUAUCCUUUCGAUUUAACUUCUGCUAGAUUUAAUACAAGGAGUUUUUUUCGCUGUUGGAAACUGAUAUCCAAAUCGGGGAUUUUUUUUUUAAGAGGCUACCUAAGUCCAUCUUUCCCUAUAUCAGGGAUCUUUAUUGAAGAGGUUACUUAAGUUCAGUUUUCCCUAUUUUAACCCAUUAGGGGAAGGCUUAUUGCUGUUUUUUGGCUGUAAUUAACUAUCAACAGGCUGGACUUUUUUGGUAUACACUUUUUGCAACUGUAUUCAGUUGUCUCAUGCAACUAUAUAAAAAUGACACUGUUCUGACACAUUGUUAUAUACUUGCCUAUACAAGCAAUCUGCCUGAAUACUUUACCAGCUAGAUCUGUAGUCUCUAGUCUUUAUGUUUUAACUGUUCACUAUUUAGGGUGAAUGGGUGCUUUUUUUGGUUAUGUGUUUUUUUUUAUAAACAUUACUAUUAUUAUUUUUGUUUCAAUAAACGUUGUCAGUUUUUAAGCCAAUAUUAUUUGAGAUUUAUCGGGGGGGGGGAGGGGGGGGGUAGUAGUGGCGAGGAGAACUAUCCCGGCUUCACGAGGAGCUCUCCUCAUUACUUUCUCUGUUAAAACUAGACUAUGUUUUAAAAUUCAAGCCCAUUUUCAGAUGACUAAAUACAACUAAAACUACGAUAGCUUUUUAGUCAAAAGACUGUGAUUAAAACUAAAUGGAACUUUUCCACCAAAAAUUAAAAAAAAAAAGAACACAGGGGCUGUUGAAUGGGGCAAUAGAGACAGACCAUGGCUUGGGAGAGAGACAACUAAAGAUGCUGCGGGGACACAAAGAGACACAGAGGGGCUUGGGAAGGGGCAAAAGAGACACAGGCUUUAACUAAACUAAUUAGAUUUUAGGCGUGUCAACUAAAAUCUACUGGAGAUUUAGUCGUCUAAAACUAAAACAGUUCAGAUGACUAAAAUAUGACUAAAACUAAAAGGGCUUUUUUUAGUCAAAAGACUAUGACUAAAACUAAAUUGAAAUUUGCUGUCAAAAUUACCACUGACUAGAUCCAGUCGAGGAAAAGACUUUCUUUUUUUUCUGUAAAAGUAUUUCAGAUAGAAUUCUGUUUACAAUCUCUCAAACUUCUUCCUGAACACUGAAUCAGUCUGUGUGUAAUGGAAGGCCUGUGCCCUUCUCAGUAAUAGUAUAAUGCAGAGCAAUUUAAGCUCCUCUGGGAUUCCGAUGGAUUGAUGCAAGUAAUUAGCAAUCUUCUGUCAGGUGAUGUACUAUUGUGUUGUCUCAAAUUGACCAGAGAGACCAUCAGGGCAUGGGGAUUUGCUUAGCUUCAAAUUUUUCAGGGAUUUAAUAAUGUUGCACAAGCUAAUGAGUCAGUUAGAAGGUCCCACUGCUCAACUGAAAGCUUUGGAAUUUCACCUUUUGGCAAGAAAGUGAGGUCAUUGUGACAUUAAUGCGGCAAUACUUUCUUUAUUUUUUAUUUUAAUUAAAUGUUUAGUGCAUAUCUGAUCAACAGCCGCCUUCUAAAAGAAAAUUGAGCUUACAAUUGUGCUGAAAGGAACACUAUAGUGUCAGGAACACAAUUGUAUUUCUGACACUAUAGUGUUAAACCCACUAUUUAGGUACCCGGCCCAGUGUCAGAGUAGUAAUACUCACAUUUUUUCCAACACCGUGCCGAUCUCACAGCAGCUGGCUCCGCCUCUGUGGCUGAGAUAAACAAAGUUGAUGAUCGUAGCCAAUCCAGGCAUUGGAGGCUAUUGCACAUGCGCAGCAAAACGCUGCGCCAAUCAGCAUGUCCUCAUAGAGAUACUUAGAUCAUAUAUAUGUAUGUAUAUAUAUAUAUAUAUAUAUAUAUAUAUAUAUAUAAAAUCAUGUUUUGGAUUUUAUAUAUUAAUAUCAAAGUACACGUAGAAUGAUAUUAAUUAAAUAUAUAAUAUAGAUCUCAAAGGCAACGUAACCAAUCUGGCGAAUUUCAAUGUGAAAAAACUGAAAAAUGUAAUAUACUAUAUUUGACCCUGUAACUUCCCAAAACACCAUAUAACCUGUAUGUAAGGCGUACUGUUUUACACGUAAGACAUUGCUGAAUACAAAUAUGUGUAUUUUAUUGCAGUAAAAGCAAACAGUAUUAUGACAUUCACAGUUAAAAUGUCAUGCAGAACUAAAAAAAAUAACAACAUUUCUCAAUUUUUUUUUUUUUUAUAUUUUAUUCAUAUUAAAUUAUGUUUCAUAGCUAAAUAUUUGAUGUUAAAUGAAAGCCCUAUUUCUCCUGAAUAAAAUGAUAUAUAAUAAGUGUGGGUGCAUUUAAUAUGAAAGAGGGGAAUUAAGGUUGAACAUACAUAUAGUCAAAUUCCAAGUUUAGUUUACGUUUUAUUUUGAGCAAAACAUGUACAUUUGGCUCAGUCAUUAAGGGGUUAAAGGAAAACAUUUGUAUCUUUUCCUUUUCCAUUAAACUUCAAACAUUUCAAUAUAGGUAACUAAUAGAAAGAAAGUUACAAACUCUAAAAGGCAUUUCUAAAAGAACGCCAGGGCUGCUCCUCUGCCUUUACCAAUAUUGUAGAUAAUUUUUAAGAGGAGCAUUGCUUGGUGCCUAUCUGACGUUCUUACCCCCAUAGUAGUUUAUGUGCAUUUGAGCAGUAAUUCCACUGCGCAUGUGCGUUAUUCAGCGGGAAGAAAGUGACAGACAGUACUUAAAUUCAUCUCUGAACAUUCCUUUAUUGCUUCCAUCUAGAUUAUAAUUACUCUGUAGAACAAAACAAAGAAUUUAAAAAUUAAAUGCACCUUUUUACCUGUAUAAUUUUUUUGGACUUUAACCCUCUCUUUUAUUUUUCCCUACAGUUAUUUGAAGUGGCUGUUGUAACUCUGGAUGUGUGACGAUGAUCCUGACCGGUGUCCUGUGACGACUUGAUUUAGGGGAAAAGGCUCAUCUGUGUGCCCCGGUGCCAUGCUUUACAGCUCCUUCCAUCAUGUCGGCCUGCGGCUCAUUCACAGAGCAUGUUUGGAAACCAGGAGAAUGCAAAAACUGUUUUCAGCCCAAAGGACAACACCAGCUGGCAGCUCUUGGCAGGGGAAAUUCUGGACAGCCUCCGCCUCCGCCACCACCACCUCCUCCCUAUCGGGCUCAUCAUGCCAAAGUCAACACCAAUCAAAGGCCCCGUACCACAACUGGAUUCAGACCCCCAGUGGCCAAGAAGCCCACCAUUGCUGUCAAGCCCACUAUGAUGGCAGUAGAUGGACCGGUGGGCCACCAUACACAGGGGCAAGCUAGGGUACCGCUUCCCCCCGUAACAGCUCGGAACCAAAACCAGGCACCUUCAGUCACAUGUAUUGAUGAUCAAGCAAAUAACAACACAGGUGGAGAACACUUGGUGACCAAUAACAAUCACAUGGACAACAGUGGUCUUACUGAAGUUCUGAAGGAAAUAGCAGGUUUGGGGAGCCCGUCUGCUCCUUUACCACCCCCAGAAGGCACAGCCCGAGAAACAUUUUUAUGCAGGAUCAAUCAGUGCUACAGACGCUCCUUGGAGAGAAAACCAUCAGCCAGCUGUCUUUCUGGAAGCCAUCAUGAAGGAAGGGGAGCAAAGCGGAAUGAGAAACGAGUGGCGAUGAGUGGAGAAGAGGGGGCAGUCAUUUCAAGAGAUGGUGGGCGUUUUUGUUACCCAGAAUUUUCCAGCGGUGAGGACAGUUGGGAUGAGGAGUGCGAUACUGAGAAGGGAGAGCGGGAAAGUUGGGAAGAGAGUGAUGAGGAACUCUUGGCCAUGGAAAUUCGCAUGAGAGGGCAACCACGUUUUGCCAACCUGCAGGGAGGAAGCCUGUCUCCAGUGCCUGGCAGAUUAGGAGGCAGAGAGAAAUGGAAUACUGUGCCGCUUCGCCAGAAGUCACUGCAGAGGGUGUGUGCCGUGGAUUAUGAUGAUAGUUAUGAUGAGAUACUAAAUGGCUGUGAUGUAGGUGCAGAUAUAAAUGCUAUUUCCCCAUCUCCAGAUUUUUCUGUAUCAGAAUCUUUGUCCUGCCCUCCAUCCACUUCCUCCUCUUCUUCCUCAGGAGGGCUUUAUUGUAAUGGUACAGUCGAAGCUGAGAAACCUGAGGGUACUGAACAAGAUGUGACCGUACAAGGUGUUGUCCAAGAUGCAGGUAUGGCUCAAGCCAAGCCAUAUCGUGUGGUAAGUCUAGAGCAGCCUGUCUGUAAACCAUACACGGUUGUUGAUGUAUCAGCUGCUAUGGCUGGAGAAUGCCCACCUCCGCUUAGUACUAGAUUAAGAAAAGGAAGUUCCACUCGCUAUCAGGAGGUCUGGACAUCCAGCACCAGUCCCCGACAGAAGCUUGCCAAGACUGAUUUAGUGGAAGCCCCCAAGCGAAAUUGUCACAAGUCGGCCCCUACUUCACCCACUGCUGGAUUGAGCACUCACACUGUACCUGUCCGCUCACCCAAUCUGUCAGAGAUAAAAUUCAACAGCUACAAUAAUGCUGGAAUGCCACCCUUCCCCAUUAUCAUUCACGAUGAACCAGAGUACGCCCAUAGCUGCAAGAGUGCCGACAAAGUGCCCAUUCUUAUCAAUCCUAGUGCUUAUGAUAACCUGGCAAUAUAUAGAAGUUUUGUGGGUGCUGGAGGAGGAUUCCCACCACCUCCUGACAAGGAAAAGCGUCAGACUGCAAGUGUUAUCAGCCACACAUACGAGGAAAUUGAAACACCUGCUAAAGGUCAGAGAAAAGAGGAUCUCAAGGACGAAGUGGUUCCAGAAGUCCCAACUUGUCCCAGGGAGAGUGCAAACAGGGUACUGUCUCAAAUUGUGGCGUCAAUCCAGCCACCUCGUUCUCCACCAGAGGCUAUGACUCCUGAUUCUGCCAGCAGUGAAGAGCACCACGCUCCACUGUCCCAUCCAGAGCCUGAGAUUGCUCCAGGUUCAUUAGGCAGACCCAAAUCCUUAUUCCCGCUGCAAAGUGAAACAAUGGGAACUCUUAGUUUCAGCAAGUCAUCCUCGAUACCUUCCAGUGAUGACAGCCCAACUGUACCAGUUAACACAGAACCACUGCCUCCCUUCCCACCACCACGCUCCACUUCUUCACCAUACCACGCAAGUAUGCUACAUAAACACUUUGCCACUCGUGGCAAGCCUACUGGAACUAAUCGUCCCUCUCCCACCGAAUGCUCAACUCAGCCACGCCGACCAGCUGAUGCCAAGCCACGUCGUUGGAUCUCCUUCAAGAGCUUUUUCAGGAGGAAGAAAGAGGGAGGUGGGAUUGGGGCAAAUGAAGAAAGAGGAGAUGAUGGCAAACUAGUUGGACUGGAUGGAACAGUCAUCCACAUGCUUCCACCACCACCCGUCCAGCGUCACCAUUGGUUUAGUGAAAGCCGUACUGGACCAGGAGAGAAACCUUCUAUUGUCUUUAUGUGUCAAUCUGACGAAGAGAGAGCGGCCAGCAGCCCACAGGACAGUGUAUGCACGGAGACCAGAUCUAGCAGGUAAAUUAUUUACAUAACUUUAGUUAGCAUAUUAACAAAAAGAGAUGUUGUAUCAGCAUUCAAUUAAAUAUCUCUGUGAUAAAAAGAUAAGGAGAGUAAAGUGUUAAUGGUAUCUGUAUUCCCCAAGAUAAGGUAUUCACACACACACACACACUGUUUCCCUCUUCUUGCAUCUUCCCAAAUCUAUUAUUUCAUUUCCCGUUGUCUUUAAAUUAAUUGCCUAAUUAACUCUCUGUCAAAGCCUCCUCCUUUCCUACUGCCUCCUUUUCUAUCUCUUUUAUAAUGUGUCAUACUUCUGUUUCUGUGAUUUUGUUUAGCGCAGAGUUCCUUAACUUUAUUGUCCGCAGGGACACAAUUUGCCUGUAUGAAAUUAGCUUUACUAGAUAUUCCUUAAUUUUAAAAUGAGUCAGUGACUCUUUUAUUCUGCUAUAAUAUACGGCAAAAUACUUUAUGUUAAACACAUUCAUUAGACUCUUCCCAGUGCCAAAAGGAAGGUGAUGCUUCUAUGGUUAACCAUUUAUUGUGUUCUGUUGCCUCUGGUGUGAUGAUUGUGACGUAUGUGUUCCAAACACCGAGUACCACUGGACUAAUAUGUAGACCCAAUUUCGGGUCAGUACAAUUUGUAUUAUUAUAUUAUUACCAUUUAUAUAGCGCCAACAGAUUCCGUAGCGCUUUACAAUAUUAUAAGAGGGGGGGAUUUAACUAAAAAUAGGACAAUUACAAGAAAACUUACAGGAACGAUAGGUUGAAGAGGACUCUGCUCAAACGAGCUUACAGUCUAUAGGUAAGGAGGUUAUACAAAAUAACCUGGGCUAAUGAAUUACCUUGCAUCCCUUCCUUCCCAAUAAUGCUUUUCUGUAACAUCAUCUCUUUUCUGUAACAUUUCUUUUCAUGCUUUUCCAAUAAACCUUUUAAACUUUUCCUAUUCCAAUACACGUACAGGUCUCCAGUCUGUUCAUAUGUACAGAUUAUAGCUGUAGGUGUGUGUGUUUUUUUUCUCCCCUUCUGGUUGAAGGAGGAGGAGACUCUCCCUCCCUUACUCUCUUAUCUAGCAUUCCACGUAGGGUGUGGAGAGGUGUGUGUAACUGCUAGGCUGUAACAGUGUUUUGGUGUCUAUAGACACUCCUUCCCAGGUAAAGUCAGAGUUCAUUGCUACCCCUUCCAUGAGUGUUCAGUUCCCCUGUCACAGAAUGGGAAGCUGUGUCAGUAGCAGGACACGGUGAGAUCAUACCUACGCUUUUCUAUUUCCUGCUAACUUUCACUUCUCUAAUCCUCUCAAAUUGUUCUCAUUUGUCAACGCUCUUCCAUUCAGUUGCAGCUUUUUUUUUUUUCUCCUCUUCAGUGCUGUUAAUCUCUAAUUUUCUGUAUGCUGUCAGUUUUAUGUAGAUCCGUUUUCUCUGUCCCACUUUAAUUUAGCUUUCCUGUGUUUUGUUUAUCAGGUCUCUGUUUCUUUCCUUAGUAACCCGCUCGGCAGUGGUAUCUUUAUUUAACCCCUUUCUGACAGACCACAACCUCUUGUGAUAAAUAGAAUAAAGUGAUAGAAUGUGUUGGUUUAGACCGUGAUACAGUGGGGAGACCUGCCUUGGGGCGACCAGUUAUGUCUGACUGUGGCUUGUCUAUUUUCUAUGCAGUACACCUGAUGAUACACCUCUACAGGAGACCCCUCCAGCUGGAUUUUCAACCCGCACUUUGUCACCACCUUCUAAUGAACAAAUUGAGACAGGCACGGUGACGCCACCUACUAAUACAGAGAUGCAGGCUAGAGAGGAGUCCGGCACUGCUUCCGACCAUUCCUCUGAUUGCAGUCCUGGAGGAGUGACCUAUACCAAUCUAGGUGAGAAAUACAGCAGUCUGUUCGCACGUAGAACCCUUAAAAGUGUUUAACCAGAAAUAAUAUAGCUACCAAAAAGCAGAAGAACCUUGCACUCUAUAUUAAUCUGCAAACUGACAAUUCUGAGCAGCAGAAACUGCAGAGUGUCACACCACUACCCAUAAUGAAAGUCUGCAGAGCAUUGCCUUGUAAACCACCCCAUUACUGCAGAUAAUUGCAUUUCUAGUUACUUACCUAAGACAGACCUGCAGAGUAUUGAACUGUUAGACAAUACCGAAAUUCUGCAGAGCAGCUCAUUGCAAACUAUUUUUACCAAGGUAGUGCAAUACAUGAGAGAGAUGAGAUAACCAUCCCUCAACCAGAGACCUACAGAACAUUUCUCUGCUAACACCCAAAUAGACUUAUCCUGCCUUUCAUCCAAUCCUGUCCUCCUGUAGAACACUGUGCAAAGACCCGCAGAGCAUUUAUUCUUUAUCUCUUUUUCUGUUUAGGUCUUUGUAUAAUCACUCUUUGUGGUAUAUUACUGUGUCGUUUCACGGAUCACCUUUCCCAGGAAAUAUCUUGAUUACUCCAUGCCUUACAUUAGCAAAACAUGUCAUUUGCUACCACUGCAUAAUAUUGCUCCAGUAAAAUAUUCUUCCGUCAUUUGCUACCACUGCAGACUAUUGCACAUGUAAAAUACUUGUACACACACCUGCUGAAGCUGGAGAGCAUUGCACCAGUAAGAGAUGCACAUGCACAUAUGUUAUUGUGUUUUCUAGAAUUGUUGUUGAUGUUAUGGUAUACUGCCAUUCUCUCUUGUCAUAAUAUUGUUUGACAGUAUAGCAAUGUUUAUAUAGACAAGAUUCUAACAAUUAAACACAAUAUGUUGAUGAUUGGUGGGGGGGAAGGGAGAGAUGACAACCUUUUGUUUUUAAAAUCAAGAAGAUUUUUUUUUUCCAUUUGAAACAAAAUUGUAAAUAGGCAGGUGUUCUAGUCAUUACCAAAAAUACAUAGAACCAGUUGACAGUGUUUGCUGUCACACUGAUGCAGAUUAGGGUGCUGUAUACUGUAUACAGUGCAAUGAAUCCUGGCCAGCCUGUCUAGCUAGUUGGACUUGGGAAACAGGAGAAGAAAUGAUGGGGUGGAGCAAUAAAGGAGAUUUGUGGAGGUUGUUUUCUUUUUUCCUGUUACCUGAGACAUCUUUAUUUGUGAUGAUUGGAUACUGAUCUUCUUAGAGACUGAGACAAAAGAUCAGAAGGAUUGACACCUUCUAAAAUGUGUUUGUGCUAAUUAUAUCUAGUCUAUCAUAAUGGUAUUUACUAAAAGCAAUAAAUAAAUAGGACGAAUUAAGAGCUAAACUAGACAAUGCUUGGAUGCAGACAUUCUCACCACUUUUUUCUUUUUUUAUACCACAUUAUGUCUAAAUGUCCCUACACCUCUUGAGUAGUAGGCUGUCUAUAGAAUUGCACGCUAUCUUGUUCUAGCUCCCCUCACCUCUUAAAAUCCACUAUACCUCAAAUAGAUAUUGCUCAUUCUAGUUCCCCUCACCUCUUAGAACCACUAUACCUAAACAGAAUGCUCAUUCUAGUUCCCCUCACCUCUUAGAACCACUAUACCUAAACAGAAUGCUCAUUCUAGUUCCCCUCACCUCUUAGAACCACUAUACCUAAACAGAAUGCUCAUUCUAGUUCCCCUCACCUCUUAGAACCACUAUACCUAAACAGAAUGCUCAUUCUAGUUCCCCUCACCUCUUAGAACCACUAUACCUAAACAGAAUGCUCAUUCUAGUUCCCCUCACCUCUUAGAACCACUAUACCUAAACAGAAUGCUCAUUCUAGUUCCCCUCACCUCUUAGAACCACUAUACCUAAACAGAAUGCUCAUUCUAGUUCCCCUCACCUCUUAGAACCACUAUACUUAAACAGAAUGCUCAUUCUAGUUCCCCUCACCUCUUGGAACCACGAUACCUGAGCAGUAUGCUCAUUCUAGCUCCUCUCAUUUCUUAGAACCACUAAACCUGAGCAGUAUACUCUCUCCAUCUCCCUUCACCUCUUAGAACUACGAUACCUGAACAGUAUGCUCAUUCUAGCUCCUCACACCUCUUGGAAAUAUGAUACCUGAGCAGUAUGCUCAUUCUAGCUCCCCUCAUGUCUUUGAACCACUAAACCUGAUCAGUAUACUCUCUCUGUCUCCCUUCACCUCGUAGAAUCACAAUACCUGGCAGUAUGCUCAUUCUAGCUCCUCUCACCUCUUAGAAUCACAGUACCUGGCCGUAUGCUAGUUCUAGCUCCCCUCACCUCUUAGAAUCACAAUACCUGGCAGUAUUCUCACUCUAGCUCCUCUCACCUCUUAGAAUCACAAUACCUAGCAGUAUGCUCAUUCUAUCUCCCCUCACCUCUUAGAAUCACAAUACCUGGCAGUAUGCUAGUUCUAGCUCCCCUCACCUCAUAGAAUCACAAUACCUGGCAGUAUUCUCACUCUAGCUCCCCUCACCUCUUAGAAUCACAAUACCUGGCAAUAUGCUCAUUCUAUCUCCUCUCACCUCUUAGAAUCACAAUACCUGGCAGUAUGCUAGUUCUAUCUCCCUUCACUUCGUAGAAUCACAAUACCUGGCAGUAUGCUCAUUCUAGCUCCUCUCGCCUCAUAGAAUCACAAUACCUGGCAGUAUUCUCACUCUAGCUCCCCUCACCUCUUAGAAUCACAAUACCUGGCAAUAUGCUCAUUCUAGCUCCUCUCACCUCUUAGAAUCACAAUACCUGGCAGUAUGCUAGUUCUAUCUCCCUUCACUUCGUAGAAUCACAAUACCUGGCAGUAUGCUCACUCUAGCUCCUCUCGCCUCAUAGAAUCACAAUACCUGGCAGUAUUCUCACUCUAGCUCCCCUCACCUCUUAGAAUCACAAUACCUGGCAGUAUUCUAGUUCUAUCUCCCUUCACCUCGUAGAAUCACAAUACCUGGCAGUAUGCUCAUUCUAUCUCCCUUCACCUCGUAGACUCACAAUACCUGGCAGUAUGCUCAUUCUAGCUCCCUUCACCUCGUAGAAUCACAAUACCUGGCAGUAUGCUCAUUCUAUCUCCCUUCACCUCGUAGACUCACAAUACCUGGCAGUAUGCUCAUUCUAGCUCCUCUCACCUCUUAGAAUCACAAUACCUGGCCGUAUGCUAGUUCUAGCUCCCCUCACCUCAUAGACUCACAAUACCUGGCAGUAUUCUCACUCUAGCUCCCCUCACCUCUUAGAAUCACAAUACCUGGCAGUAUGCUAGUUCUAGCUCCCCUCACCUCUUAGAAUCACAAUACCUGGCAGUAUGCUCACUCUAGCUCCCCUCACCUCUUAGAAUCACAAUACCUGGCAGUAUGCUAGUUCUAGCUCCUCUCACCUCUUAGAAUCACAAUACCUAGCAGUAUGCUCAUUCUAGCUCAUCUCACCUCUUAGAAUCACAAUACCUGGCAGUAUGCUAGUUCUAGCUCCCCUCACCUCUUAGAAUCACAAUACCUGGCAGUAUUCUCACUCUAGCUCCCCUCACCUCUUAGAAUCACAAUACCUGGCAGUAUGCUCAUUCUAUCUCCCCUCACCUCUUAGAAUCACAAUACCUGGCAGUAUUCUCACUCUAGCUCCCCUCACCUCUUAGAAUCACAAUACCUGGCAGUAUGCUAGUUCUAGCUCCCCUCACCUCUUAGAAUCACAAUACCUAGCAGUAUGCUCAUUCUAGCUCAUCUCACCUCUUAGAAUCACAAUACCUGGCAGUAUGCUCAUUCUAUCUCCCCUCACCUCUCAGAAUCACAAUACCUGGCAGUAUGCUAGUUCUAGCUCCCCUCACCUCUUAGAAUCACAAUACCUGGCAGUAUUUUCACUCUAGCUCCUUUCACCUCUUAGAAUCACAAUACCUGGCAGUAUGCUCAUUCUAUCUCCCCUCACCUCUUAGAAUCACAAUACCUGGCAGUAUGCUAGUUCUAGCUCCCCUCACCUCUUAGGAUCACAAUACCUGGCAGUAUGCUAGUUCUAGCUCCCCUCACCUCUUAGGAUCACAAUACCUGGCAGUAUGCUAGUUCUAGCUCCCCUCACCUCUUAGAAUCACAAUACCUGGCAGUAUUCUCACUCUAGCUCCCCUCACCUCUUAGAAUCAUGAUACAUGAGCAGUAUGCUCGCUCCAGCUCCGCUCACCUCCAGUAACCUUUGCCCCACUGCCAACACAAUAAUGCACUGUUUAUAUCUUAUUACAAACAGGUCAGACAGCCUUCUGUCACACUUAAUUUUUUUGGUGAGGGGGGAUGGAUGAAUUAAUCUGCCUCUCUGUACAGUCAACCCAAAACUGUAAUAACUGCUAAUGUUUAGAAAAAAGGUAUGCAAAACUACUUGUAACUCUCUUGUACUAUGUAUGCUCAUUCAUACUUAACAAUGAUAGGAAUCUCAGUAUAUUCAUUGUGGUGGAACACUUACAAAUGACCUUAGGCUAAGAAUGUGGGAAGGAAAACAAAAGUAUUUGUUUAUAAAGAGGCAUUGCUUAAAAAAACUGCAGUGUGUUUGUAUAUGUGAUGAACUAUGAAAGCUUCUUCUCCGACAGGUCAUUCUCGGGCCAACAUGAUCCCAUACAAGCAGCCACGCCAGACACGAGGUGGGAGCCCUCCUAAAGAUCAAGAAACUCAUCCCACUCCUCCACCUCUCCCUAAGAAGAACACAACACCCCGUCAGCUCACACCUGAGAAGACACCUGGAACUUCACUAAAUCUUGCAAACCCUACCUAUGACACAGAGAAGAGUUGGGAGGCUGGGGGCAGUGAGUCAGGAGAUUCCAUUGAAAGGUUAAAGGGGAGUGGAGGUCGGAUUGCUAAAUUACAGACCGAGGCCUUGCGCAGGUUUUACGCGCGGUGUGAGGACAUUUUCAUGGCAGGGCAGAGAGAGCCAAUAAGCUUUGGACUGGAGAGCUGGCCUGAUUUUCGCCUAACUAACCCGACUCCUUGCUGCCUGGCUGGGGACGCGGUGUAUUACCGAGCAUCAUACGCACGGGACCCUGGUAACCUAUACGCUGUGAAGGUAAUACACAAGAGCCAUUCUAUUAACAAUACAUAUUUAGUAAAACUUAUCAUUGUAAGGAAAAACUAUUGGGUUAAAACCACCUCCUAUAUAUCAAUGCACUGAAUAGAUAAUUUAUUCAAAAAUUACAGUAAAAGCAGCUACAGGAGGGUGCUGCUCUCAACAAAAAGCACUCCAAAUCAGAGCAUCUUAUUAUAAUAUAUGGAGUCUGUUCUUCUCCCAUAAACUUCUGUAUAUCAGGUUAAAUAAUAUAAAAAUACUAAUAUAAACAGAACCACAACAAGAUAUAAUGAUAAAUAACCAAAUAAACUACUUCAUCACAAAAUACAAGAAUAACAAUAAUCUAAACAGUGUCAUGUAAAUAGCACCACCGCAGAAUAUAAACAGGGUUAUUCACUCACGUCUGAAUUUUCAUGAAUUAAAUCUGAAUGCCAAAACAAGGGGCGGAAUAGCCAAGUUGUGACUAUGGCUGAUUUAUUUUAUUGUUUUAUGCAAGUUUUUUUUUUUUUUUUUAAAUACUUUAUUUUAGUAGUGCAUAAACGGUACAGACAGGCUUGCAUUGCCACAGCAGCUAGUGCAAGUUGUUCAUCAUGGGUUAACAAUUGUUGGCAUUGAUAUCAUAGCACAUUUUUUAAAUAUUGCAAUACUAUUACUAGUAAAAAGUAAAACCGUUAGGUAACUAGUGUGCAGCACCUGCCUAAAGGUUGCGAGACAGGUAUUCUAUAGAUACGUGCGGGGCAGGGUGCAUUAGAUGCCUCUAAUACCAGAGAGUUGGUUAGAGAGGCCUGUUCCCCCUUAGUAGACUCAUGGGACGGUAAUAUCAGUAGUUUAUAUGGUAAGGGGGGGAGUGGGAGGAAAACUGGAGAGGUGCAUAGGGAAUUAUGUUUAGAAAUACAUCACUUAUGCCAUAUGUAAUAAAAAUACAAAUUGUAACGGUACUCAUGGAGGUUUAUGGAAUAUUAAACUAAAGAGUUUUGUCUCAGGUUUUCCAUUUGGAUUUAUUUCAAGAAAAUUCUGUCUUUAGUGAACAACCCUGACAGACAAAACACCAUUUAAACAGCGCCAUCACAAAAUAUAAAGAUAAAAAAACAAUAUACUCUCGAACCUCUCCUUAUUCGCAUCCCUUCCUAACCCCAUAUCCCAACCGAUGGGAUUUGUAAAUAGUUUUCAUUCCCUUUUUACUCCGUCAUCCCCCUCCUAACACCCUACUUCUCCUAAACAGGCACCGUGGAACCAUAGACAAUGUGAUCGCUAACUCUCAGGAUCAUAGUCAAACUAGACCUUCUACUCUUAUUCCACAUCUUCUACAUUGGGCCUUCCCCACCCCCCCUUAAUCUUAUCGAACUCCCCACUACUGGUCAUAGUUUUGAGCAAAAAAAAGCUCUAAUAGAAACAUAGAAACAUAGAAUGUGAUGGUAGAUAAGAACCAUUCAGCCCAUCUAGUCUGCCCAAUUUUCUAAAUACUUUCAUUAGUCCCUGGCCUUAUCUUAUAGUUAGGAUAGCCUUAUGCCUAUCCCACGCAUGCUUAAACUCCUUUACUGUGUUAACCUCUACUACAAUAGACAUUGUACACAGGCUUUCAUUUUAUGUGCUGGUGAGACAAGUAAUGAUUACUUAACUAAAAUUGUCAAUAGUGAAUCAUAUUGACCGAUGGUGUCCCCUCCCUUUUCCCGAAUUGUAACACUUUACAAGUUCCCCUCCUUUUUUUUCUUUUAUUUUUUUGCUGAUCUCACAAUGUACUUGUUUAUUUACUUCUACAUUACUUAUGAUUACAAAAAAUAGAAAAUACAUAGAAAACAAUGUUCCAUCACAAAAUAUAAAGAAAAAUAACAAUAUAAACAGCUCCAUCAUAUAAAAUAUGAAGUUAAAUAAACAAAUAAAUAGCACCACCACAAAAUGUAUAUAAGUAUGUAAACAGUACCAUCACAAAUAUAACGAUAAGUAACCAUAUAAAUAAUGCACCCCUUCCUCCCCCACCACAGCUAGUGUACCAUCAUAGAACCAACUUUAUAAAAGAUGUUUUAUUGUUUUUAAUUAUGUUGCAGCAUAUAUUAACAUAAAAGUGAGAGCCAUACGCAGAAGGUGGAAGAUUAGCUGCGGGGGUUGACUGGGCAGUAGUUAAGGCAGUAUUGAUGGGGUACAGUGUUCAUUUGUCGACUAAUAUGUUAGUCAAAUUUUAGUUAUCUAAAUGUUUGAGAUUUAGACGACUAAAGCUAGACUAAAACAAUUCAGAUGACUAAAAUACAACUAAAACUAAAAUGGCAUUUUAGUCAAAAGACUAUGAGUAAAACUAAAUUGAAAUUUGCCUCCAAAAUUAACACUGCACAGAGGGGCUGUGGAAGGGACAAAAGAGACAGAUCAGGGCUUGGGAGAGAGACACCUAGAGGGGUUUGGAGGACACAAGGAGACACAGAGGGGCUGAAUGUGGGGCAAAAGAGACAGAUAGAGGCUUUAACUAAACCCAUUAAAUUUUAAUUGUGUCGACUAAAAUCUACUAGAGAUUUAAUCGAGUAAAACUAAAACAAUUCAGAUGAUUAAAAUACGACUAAAACUAAAAUGGAUUUAUAGUCCAAAGACUAUGACUAAAACUAAAUUUAAAUUUGCCGCCAAAAUUAACACUGAUGGGAAAACCAACUGCUCUGAUGAUGUGCACUAUGGCUUUCUGGGACUGUGGCUUCGGAUGUGUAUGUGUGUGUUUUUUAUAAAAAAUAAAGUGUGUGGAAGGUGAAUGAUAUACCUAUUUACCUCAGAGAAGGUAUGUGUCAGUCAGAACAUAGACACACACUCUAUGUCAAUGUAUGGGGAUAGUUUGGCUGGGUCACUGAACCUGGUUCUUUGAAACAUUCUUUUUCAAUUUUGUCACAAGUAGAGGCUGGAUGAGGAGGUAAAACACUUACAUGUUUUAAAGUAAAUGGUUGUGGCUAUUAAAACGUUAAAAAAGCAACAUAUAUAAUGUUUGCCACAACACAUCACUAAUGCAUGUUUCAUGAUCACCCCCCUUUAAGUAAUAAAAGUUUAAUUACAGUAUCUUUAAAUUUACUCAUUUACAUGUUUUUCUCAAACUAUAAUAAUUUACAUUUCUAUCUGUAGACAGCCAGGUUACUAAUUAAACCAUCUCUGUUUACACAAAGUAACCUGCACUAUUGGCGAAAUGUUGUGAAAAAAUAACCUAUUUAUUUAUGAACAGGUUUAUUUUUUUUGAUUAUUUUUUUUUUUUUUGUAGGUUAUACAUUAACAGGGUUAUUCACUUAAGGGAAAAUUCCCAUGAAUUCAAUGUGAAUUUCGAAAUUUAAGCCAAAAUAGCCCAGUUAGUAAGAAAUUCUCCAAGUGAAUUCUAUUUUCACUUUAGAUAUUUUGACCUUAAAUUUUGAAAUUCGCUUUGAACCCUUGGCAAUUCUCACAAGGGUUUAUUCUCUAAACAGCAAGUUGUGGUGCUCUGGCAACCUACUAGUAAAUUUUCAUUGGUGGGAAAAUUAUAUUCACAUUCAAACACACAUACCCUUCCUCUGAAUUGGAGAUGGGUCUAGGAUUUCCAUUUGUGAUAAUUGACCUAAAUUGGUUGCCAACUAACCGUAAGGUGCUGUUCAGUGUAUAAACCUAAAGUUCUCUGCAUGUUCAGUGAAGUGGUAUGAUUUUCUCUUCUAAAUAUUGAUUUAUUUUUUUUCACCAAAACAGCUACAUCAGGGUUUGAGAAUUUGCUGUAUGUUGUUACCACUUUUGUGCAGUUUAAAAGAAGUAUUCUAGGUUAUCAUUCUAGUUUUUAAGUUAUAGGGCCCCAUCCCCCACCCCCUUUAUUCUAAAAUAAGUAGUGUUAGCAUAUUCUGUACUAGAUUAUUAAACAUUUACAGGAUUAUUCGCUAAAUUAAGAAUUGCUGGGAAUUCAAGUAGGAUUUGAAAUGUAAGGCCAAAUUGGCUGAAUUGGAACCAUAUCUGGAUUUUCCCAGUUUGGCUUUUCGACAUUAAUUUUGACAUUUAUCACAAAUUUCACUUGAGAGAAUAAACCUGUUACUCUGUCCUGUGGCUACCCCUGGUAUUGCAUUCAGUGACAUUUUGUUUCCUUUAUAGAUUUGCCGCGGCAAGGCAAAGCAGGCCCAACGAGAAUACUAUCACUGUUUGGCAGUACGGCAAGGCCUCUCAGAACACUUUAACAUCCAGCAGGACUGUGGCCAUUUCCUGGCAGAGGUGCCUGCACGUUUGCUUCCAUGGGAGGAUCCCACCGUGUCUGAGGAGGAAGAAGAAGAGGAAGAAACGCAAGAAGGAGAAAGUGUUUCUACCCCAGAAGAAUCCAAACCAGCACUAAAGGGGGGUCAGAAGCAGCCUGCAUCAGGAAACCAGGGUUCUUUGGGAAAACGAAGGAGCAGGAUAGUAGUUAUCACACGAGAACCUCCCAGGCAGACACUUGCAGACUUUGUUCGGGAGGGAGAGAUCCAGCACCGAAGAGAGCCAGAGGUUUAUGAGAGGAAAGUGUGCUUGCUACUUCUCCAACUCUGUGGGGCUUUGGAGCACCUAAAGGCACAAGGCAUAACCCAUUGCGACCUACGGCUAGAUAACCUGCUGCUUGCCAGCUGUCGGCCCAGUGAGUCAGGCUGCAGUUUUUGUCGUGACUCUUCUAAGGAGGAACUAAGUGAGCAUGGUAAGGAGAUAGGUGCCUUUGAGCAAAGAGCAAUGUCCACCUGUGCAGGCCGCCUUCUCCUCACCAACUUUAACCAGGCCAAGCUGAAGAGCCAAGGAACAUGGCGCCCACAGGGAUUGGGUGAUCCCUCACGUUUGGCUCCAGAGAUUGUAGGGGCCACUCAAUAUAGGAGGAGCGAUGAGUUCCAAACAGGUAUACUGAUCUAUGAGAUGCUACACUUACUAAAUCCUUUCUUGGAUGGGGGACUGAAGGAAAGAGAAUAUGGCCCGUGUGAUUUGCCAGCUGUGCCACGCCGGUCUCCAUACUCCCAUGGUCUUGGCCGUCUUGCAGGACUUCUACUACAUCACAGCCCAUCAGACAGGCUGCAGGUGGGCCAGGCCAAGGCAGGUUUACGCUGUCUGAUCUGGGGUCCUCGUGAUGAAGCAAUCCAAGGACCAGGUGCUCUGAAUAACUGGCUAGAAGUAAAGAGAACAUUGCUGCUUAUCAGGCUAGCAGAGCGCGCUCUUGAGAGGGAAGGAGGGGUCAGUUUGGAGGACUGGCUGUGCUGUCAAUACCUUGCAUUUGGCACAACCCAAGGACUGGCACAAACCCUGCGGUUACUGGAAAAACGUUGAUGCGCAUGGCCUCCUUUUACAUCUUCAUUUCAGUCAGUCAGUGUGCAAUAGCUGGGAUUUUCCCACAAGGCUCCGUUUAAGAAGCUUGAACUUUCAGUGUUAUACCACUUCCUCCCUACACAGGCAGGCAGACACAACUAUGCUCUUUACGCACAUCUGAUAUACAUACAUGUCACAGACACUGCGCACAUUGCAUCAGUAUCUACAUUUAUGCAUUGAAAGGUUGUUCCAAGCACCAUAACCACUUCAGCUUAUGGUUUUUCUUGGAGAAGUCUUUGGAUGUCUCAUUGGGGCCGUCCCAGCUCCUAAAGCCCACAUCUUCUAUGGCCAUUGUAAUAAUGUUGAAGCUUUGCGCUGCUGAAAUGACAUAGACUCUGUGUCAGUUCAGUAACACCAAAUUGUUUAAAGAGGGGGGAUGACUUUGGGUGCAGGGGAGAUUCACGUUAUAUUAUCAGACCUCUUAAAAAACGAUUUUUCAAAGCCUAGUGGUACUGCACCCAUAGCCUCCUUGCAGAAUUGUUACUGACCUUGUUUGCCAGGCCUAAUAGUAAUGGUAUCCAUGGACAUAUGGGGACAUAGAGUGGUCCAAAUCUGGUAUAGCCAAAUGAGUGCAUCUAAUUGUUAAACUGUAACUGGAAUGAACCCAAUUGGCAUCCUGUGUGGCUGGCUGAGGUUUACAAGGGUUAUAGUCAAAUAAUAGCUGGAGGUCUUUAUUUGUUGGCCUUUGAGCUAAAUCAUUCCUCCUACUCUAUUUCCUCUGCAUAUAACCACAUAGAGCAGCGAUGACUAACUUUAACACAUCUGUUAUUUAUGAAAUAUAUAUGGAUUGUGCUAUUUUUCUUCUUCUUUUUUUUUUUUUUUAGAAAACAGUCUGAAUUUUUCUUUAUAUUUUAAUUUAAAAUCUAUGCUUCGCUGUCCUGGCACAGCCAGAGUAAAUCAUGCAACUUAAUUUAACCCCCACAGUGCCAUUUGUGUGGGCACGUGCAAGUGUAUGUAUAAAUGCCCAUAAAACAUGGGGUGUUAACAUUGCCCCGCACAUGGACGUGCUACAGGGAUAAAUGUUUUUACUUCCCUCAAAUGCAUUACUCGCCUCUCUUAACAUUGCAGUGGCAUUUACUCGGUGAAUGGGGAACUUUUACUUUCAUGGAAGUGACAGUAGGUCUCAAAAUUUCCACCAGACAUUGGCAAGUGAAAUUUUAGAAUUGGCGAGUAAAAAUCCCCCCACAACCCCCAAUGAGAGUGCCGCAUUCCCUCUAAGCUUGAAAUGGCAAAUAACUUUUAGACCUCGCCUGCUUUAACUGAAACUUUUCUUACCGUUGUGUAGCCACAUACAGUUCUCCUUUAAAUAAUGUUGUUCACGAACAUGUGGUGUGUCAGAGCUGUCAAUCGGUGAUCGAGAGACAUGCAUAGAUUACAUGCUGAUGCUUUCUAAAACAACACUAAUGCACACAAACCGAUGACAUGAUCCCUGUUUUAUUGAUCGGAAAUUCUGCUGGCAGACAUACACGCACAGUGCGCUCAAACACACACACACACACACACACUGCCUCUCUGUGAAGGAUGAGAUUACCGGAACUAGUAUUAAUAUGAAACGUUUUAUUCUGAAUGCUUUUAAUACCAUAAAUCCAUAUUUAUAUUUAUAUACAAACACACGUACAGUAUACAUAAGCAAGACACACCCAUAGUGUUAUGACAUAUAUUUAUCUAUAUACACUUUGUGAAGACAGAGGUGUCAUUAACACUUUGAGUUCAUCUAGCCAUAGUAAGGGGAGAACACUCAUUUAAACCCUCCAAGAGAUGAGUGGUGCAUUUCUUCUUAAUGUGUUGCACUUUGAGGGUUAAUCUGUGUACUGCCAGUUUAGCUGUCCCAAGAUUUUUAGAAGGAUUUUGUGAACCCCUAACCUCUUCCCACCCUCGAGAACCUUGAGUGUAUCAUUGCAUUCAGAAAAGUUGUUAACCUUACUCACCAGAAGGUUACCCAGUUCCCAAGAAUGAAUUUGCACCCCAUUGCUUUCUUUUUCCUCUGUUAUAGGAGGAAUGGGAGAGGAUGGGGGUAGCAUCUGUCAGUGGGUGCCCCCAGUCUCCUGCCCCCCCCCUUACUCCGUCUGGUUUUGUUGUGGUACUCUGACCUAACCACCUAUCCUGAAGGCUGAUGUUCAUAUUAUUACUGUGUUAAUAAACCUGCUAUAUGGCACUGA